CCCGAGAGGACCCGGGGCAUCUCCGCAGCAGAGCGCGGACUCCCUAGUCUUCCUUUCUAAGUCUACGAUCCCAGAAGGCGGGUGGGCGGGCCUUUUCCCCGCAGGAGCGGCCAAUGAGCAGGCGGCUUGCUCGGGACGCGGGCGCGCUCCAAUGAUUGCCGCGCUUAUUGGCCUGCGGACCCUUCAAAGCCGCACCCUGGCGCGGCGGAGAGAGGGCGGGCAGGGGAGGCGGCGGCGUCUGGGGUCGGCUCGGCUGCGAAAGGCGCGUCUGUGGCGGAUCCGUCCGGGGCUGCGGCCGCUUCCUCGUCUUCAGGGGAGGGAGGUAAAGGAGAGCCCGCCGCCUUCGCCGCGUCCUCGCCUCCCCUGGGGCUCGGGGAGGGGGCGGCCCCACAGAGAGGGAGGGAGGGAGGGAGCUGCCGCCCCCCCGGCCGGGGCGAGUCGAGGGGGGGCGCCGACCCUUCUCCGGCGUCGGCUCGUCCGGGGUGAGGGGGGGGGCGCCCCGCUCCGCUGCUCGACAGGUGACUCCUCCCUCCCUCCCUCCCCACCAAGAAAUGCUCGUUGUCUGUGCGGGAUCUCUGCCCCCCCCCCGGCGCGCCGAGGGAGCUCCGCAGGCUCGGGUCGCGUCCAAUGCAGGGGGUGGAGCGGCCUCUCUUCUGCAGCGACCCCCCCCCCCCCGAGACGGGGCCGCCGCCGCCGCCGCUCGACGAGCGAAGCCCUUCUGGCAGCGGCAGAUGCUCUAGAGCAGGGUUCCCCAACCUUGGGCCUCCAGCUGUUUCUGGACUACAACUCCCAUCAUCCCUCGCUAGCAAGACCAGUGGUCAAGGAUGAGGGGAAUUGUAGUCCAAAAGCAGCUGGAGGCCCAAGGCUGGGGAACACUGCUCUAGAGUCAGGGCACCGUCGCGCCGUUAUUGCCGUUAUGUUUGUAGCCCGCCUUUUCCGUCGCGCGGCCCCCCUGCCCAACCCCCUCUUUUUUGUGCACCCCCCCAGCAGGGGGUGGCGGCGUUUCCUCCAGCUGGCGUGUUUUCCGGCGAGGGGGGGGAGCCUCCCCGCAGGAAGAGGAGGGGGCUGGCCCGCCACUUUCCGCGGUUGUGUCCCGCGUCCGUUUUCCCAGGGCCAGAGCUGGGGCCCCCACUGGGCCUGCUGGUUGGGAAGCUGCUUAAGUGCCUGCAGAGCAGGCCCUGCACUCCUGGUUCAAGCGGCGGCGGCAGCAGCUCCAGCCCUCUCUCCCUCCCCCCCCCCCCUUUGCUAAAAGAAUUUGUGUGCUUCUGCAGAUCUCGGGGGUCUCCAAGUCAGCGGGGCAACACUGCAUGGGUGGGCCUGCUCUGGAUGUAUUGUAGCAUGCUAUGUUAGAAACGGUGGUGGACACCCCCCCCCCGAACCUUGGAAGUAGGGAUCGGGCCCUUCAGCUGUUUCACCCCCCCCUUUCCCGCCUCCCACAGUUGCUCAGCAUCCAGUGCUCACUGAGGCAUGCUUCGUUUCCGAUGCUUCUCUCCAGGUGCAUCUCUUACCUCUCCUUUUAUUUUGUGGGGGAGUGGGUGACUGCGCUUGUCCCCAAGCCCAGAACAUUAACUGCUUUAUUUGUCCACUGAUGACUGCUUGCAAUGCAUCUAUGCCCGAGGACAUUUUAAAAAUAAUGGAAAUGUUCCAUCUAGAGAAUGAGAUGCUUGUCUGUACUGUGUGCUCACAUACCUCUGCACGUACAGAACUCGUCUUCUUGUUCCAUGUACUGUACUAGUUUAUAUUUUUAUCUUCUCCCUUUCCCACUUUUAAGGAUUCCUUCACUUCUCAGACUCUGAACAUUUUUGGUCUUUGAAUUACUUUGGGGCUGUUUCUUUCCACCACCACCCAGUCGAAUACUUCGUUCUUUGACUCUGAGGCUUCAGGUUCCUUCUGGUUGCUUAUAAGCGGUGGUGUUUAGCUGCAUAAACAUAUACACUUUAAAGACUUGAAUUGGUUUUUCUGCCUGUUGUAUCAGUUGUAAUGUGCUGUUCUAUAUGUGGUGAGGUUUUUAAUUGUCUUUUUGUUGCUUUUUUAUUGCGUUGCAAUUUGAAUUCCAUAUAAUUCAAUUGGUAAGUUUUCUGCACAGACACAUACCUCCCAAAUGAAACUUGUGGACCUGAAGGCAGGGACCCUGCAGUUGUGAAGCUGGAGAAUGGCUUGUUGGGUUUAUUUCCAGGGAGAGGAACAGGAGCUCCUUUAGGUGUUGGGCAGUUGAUUUUGCACUGCCAGAAGCUAAACGAAUCCUAGGGCUGCAGUUAUUUCUAUGUGGAGAUAGCCAAAUGAUAUUAAUAGCCAACUGUCAUAUCUCUAAAAUGGGGGACAUUUAGAAAAGGGCCCCUGAAUAACAUAACUACUCUAUUUUUCAAAUAUUUCAUGCAUAAUACUGCAUUCUGCCUUACAGAAGGUAAGAGAGUGCACCUGGCCAUAGGUGGCUGACAUGCAGAAACUGAGUGGAGAGACUGCUCAGCAUACAAAGAAGCUAUUAGCCGGUAACACCAGCAUAGAUCAACUCUGCUAUCCCCUGGAUUAGUGGAGGAAAUCUCUUGGUUCCUAAUUGAACUGGGUUAGUUUGUGGUUUAUACCCAACCUGUAUUAGCAUUCUUAAGUGUUUUCUUUUUAAUGUGUAGUCUGCUUUUUAACUAUAGUAAUCUUUAAAACAUCUUUGAUUAGAAUAAUUAACUAAAAUAACUUACUGCAAUUAUUCUUUCCUAUAUGUAGUAAACUGGCACCAUUAUUAGCUUUUGGGCACCAGGCUUUUGGUAGUUAGCAUUUACAGUGGGGGAAUGAAAUCUUCAUCUGUGUCCAAAAGAAGGCGGUAGAUGAGCCUUUCUGGGGAGGGUUUUUGUUUUUGUUUUGUUUUGUUUUGUUUUUUGCUUUUGGUUUUUGUUUUACCAGAAUGUCAGCACCAAGGAGGCCCUCUUCCUAGUAGCCACCUGUUUUAGUUCACUUUGCAGGAGCACCCACAGCAAAGGCAUUCUAGGUGGCGGUCAGCUUGAGAUUAGGCACUUUGCUUCAUAGUACAGCCAGAUGUUCCAUUAAAAAAAGAAUUAAAAUCUUUAGGCAGGGCCCUGGGUGUGGUGUCCUUAGAAAGAAGCCUUGUUUUUAAGCUCUGGAUGCUUGCUUGCUUCAAUUAAUAGCUAAGAGAACUGAGCGAGCAUUAUCCUACAGUAAGGGUUGCCAGUGUGUUUCCUCCGUUGGACUGCAACUCCCAUCCACCCCAGCAGAGGCCAGUAAUUAUUAUUUAUUUAUUGUACCCCACCCAUCUGACUGGAUUGGCCCAUCCGCUCUGUGGCCAGGUGUGAUAGGUGUUGUAGUCCAGCAACAUCUGAAGGGCAGCAUGUUGGGUAUUCCUGUUCAACAGAGUGAAAGGCUCUGUUUCUUCUAUGUCCACAGCUUUUUAAAAAUUUGAACUAUCAAUAGCAAAACUUAAAAACCUCCUUUCACCUCAUUCCCCUGCCAGAGCAUGCAGGGCCUGACACCACAUUGACAUGUGAUUUUGCAAAACCUGAACAGUAACAGAUUAAUUUGAAACUAGCUAAUGAUGAUUUCUAAAGCUGGCUUGUUUAAACUGAGUUUGUUACUAGUUGCAGGUGUGGAUGGCAUGGCAAGCUGUAGUUAACAAAGCAUGAAAGCAUUUUGGGUUGUCAUAUUUUGAAGAGCAAAACAAAGGACACAUUUGCCGGCUUAUACUUUUAACUAUGGAUUGCUAUGACUACUCUCAUUUUAAAUGCCCCUACUAUACGUAGGCUAUAGAAGCUGUGAUAUAUUGCUAAUAGCAAUGUUCUUAACUUUCAACAAUAAAAUAAUACAGACAAUUGGAACCCUAUAUGAAACUCCUAUAUUGGUACAAAUAUUAGCAAAUACCUCAUGGUGUGUCACUUUCAGAUGCACUUUGUAGAUAAGAUCUUGUUGAACAACUGCUUAUUGCUUAAGAGGCCACAACUAUUUGUUUUCACCGCACUCCGGGCUAAAAAACAGCAGAGCUUAUUCAAAAAGGCUGCAAGUCAUCUGAUACAUUUGACAGCCACUUCUACACUGCCACUUUAGUGCACUAUUAUAGCGCCCAGACAAUAGACAAUGGAGCAGUUACUUUUGCACCAUGUAGCCCCCUCUGCCUAAGAUUGCAUGCGGUCUUGCAGCAAGCAGCUGCUCCUCUGUUGCCUGAGGCUCAGGGGCGCUGUUCGCUCCUCCUUUUAACUUGAAUGCUAUCAGAUAGAGCAGCGGAUGGUGUCCAUGACCCCCCUUUCCUUCCUACCCAACUGCCUUGCACACCUCCAUCCUAACAGUAGCUGGGGGGUGGGGAGAGAAAGAGAUGGCAGGAAAUGAGGGUAAAUUGAGGUGUGAGGCACAACUGGCAGAGCAGCAGAACCAAUUAUGGGAAGGGAAGGAACUGGCUGAGUCAACGUGAGGUGGGAUGAGGCCCACCAGCUUCAUUGUUCUCCACCUACCCUCCGCCCACCUUUCUUGCUCGCGUGUGAGACUGGGAGGGGACUUAGUGGGGGCUGCGCUGCCCACCCACAACAGCAAGGUGCUGGUGCGGAUUCCUGGUGUUUCCCUCCUUUCUCACACUUCAACAACAGCAGCAACAAAAAUUCUGAACAUUUUGCCAAAUUCUAAAAAUCUACCCAGACAGAAAAUUUACCCCUGAAAAAGAGGAAGUGUCCAGGAAAAACUGGACUUAUGGCAGUCCUAAUUCAGACUCCUCUUCCUUACUGCGCAGGAGGAGGGGUUGGGAGAACUUGAGAACCUGUGCUUUGUGUGCUAUCCAAACAUGGCCUGUGUCCUCCAUUACUAUCUCCUUUAACAGGUUUAAACUAUUAUUGCAUAAGUUACAGGUAGGUAGCCGUGUUGGUCUGCCAUAGUCGAAACAAAAUAAAAAAAUUACUUCCAGUAGCACCUUAGAGAGUACCUUCUUAUUGGUAUGAGCUUGUGCAUGCACACAAAAGCUCAUACCAGUAACAAACUUAGUUGGUCUCUAAGGUGCUACUGGAAGGAAUUUUAUUAUUUUAUUAUUGUGUAAGUUAGACUGGUUGUUUAAAAGCCUUCUCCCUCCCCAAAUACACUUAUCGACUCUGAUCUUUUUAACACAGCUCUUCAUACUCAUCACAGUACCAUUUGAAAAUUGCAGUGGCUACUUUCUUGAAACUUUUCCAUGUUCUUUUCAAAUUGAAACUUUUAUAAUUGUCCUUAACUUCGGCUACAUGUUACUGCACACACUUAAUGCUUUGACACAUCUGUAUUGUGUUAAAAUGCAUGUUCCAUGUCUGGAAAGAACAUAAGCCUUGUAACUUAAUCUUUUCUCUUUGUCAGUUUUUAAAUAUAUCAUUUUUUUGGCCUUCAUUCAGGGUGGAGCUUUUGGCUUGAAGGCGCAGGGAGGCUGCAUUUCAAACAGUCUCUUGUUGAAAGUAAAAUGCCUAAGUAGAAUGCUACAGAAAUUGAAGAUCUUUCCCCUUAAGGCAUAAAUUUUAUCUACGCUGUUGGUUUAGAAGGGCAAAUGCUCUUUACUUCAGAGGCUUUCUUAAAAGAGGUUUUUCUUAUUUUAUUGCAAAUCAUACAUGUGCAUGCAUGCAAACAUGUGGAGAUCUCUGGAUGCCAGAUUGUCGACUGACAUCUCCAUCUGGCUGGCCCCUCCAGUUUUCUUAAGCAGGUGAGCCGAAUAGCUUAGAUCCAUUUCUAUAAGAGUUUAUAUGCAUCUAUAUCCCACCUUUUUCUCCAAGGAGUACAUGGUUCAUUCCCCUCCUCAGUUAAUCCCUACGAUGACCCUGUGAGAUAGGUUAUGAGGCUGUGACUGGCCCACGGCCACUCAGUGAGCUUCAUGACUUAGUGGGGUUUUGGACCCUGAUCUCCCAGGUCCUAUUCCGACACUUUAACCACUUCACCACACUGGCUACCUAGAAUAGUUCUUCUGUGGGGCAGCUCUAUAAAUUAAGUAGGUAAAGAAAUACGGGGAAGGCAAAAUGUCACUAAGAGAAGGAUCUGACAUAUUUUCCUUGAAGCUCGAAUUUAUUUUAUUCUGGAUUGUUUUAUUUGAUGUUUUAAUGUGUUGUAAAUGGCUUUGAGAUUUUUCGUUAAAAUAUAAAGUGGACUAGAAAUGAACAACAAAAAUAAUGUUACUGCACAAAAAAGUGCAUAGACAUUCCGUUGUGGAGACCUGCACUCACACUCCUCCUUCUCCCUUUUAUCAACUCUGCCUCGCUCACAGGUUGCCUUCAUUUCUAUGCUGCUGCCUCUUUUCUAUUCUGUAGCCUUCUUUCUUCACCCCCUCAUUCUCAUAUACUGAACUUUAUUGCAUCUUUCAGGUGAAUCUUAAUAGCAGGCCUGUCAGCUAGCAUGUUCAGUUAGUUGCUGGAUGUUGUGUUUGUAUGGAUGUUUGCUUGUUAAUAAAAUAAUUUCUAAAUUCAUUGAAUCUGGAAUUUCAUGUUGAAGACAACAUACUGUACUAAGAGUGAUAUACAUGAUUGUCACACUCUAGUCACAUUUCUGCCAUUGUUUAAAAUCACUACAUUUUCUCCAUUAUUCAUGCCUCUGCUGUUGUUUAGAACCACCAUUUUCAAACUUGCCUUCUAUUUUGCUUCUUUCCCCACCAUGACAUGAUGCAAAUCCAGGAUUGCAAUGAGGCACCUGGCAGUGAUGGCAGAAACACUUCAUUAGAAAAACAAAUUGUAUUGGUAGAAGUACUAAUCAAUGUUCUAGUUAGGCAUCUGAAUCCAUCAAAUAACCAAUUAAUACAAUAGCAGGGAUUUAUUAAAAUGUAGUGUCCAUAAUUUGGCUAAUGAAGCCCAAAGUUAUUUGCCAGAAAACUAUGUUGGGACACAUCUACCAGCUGAGGAAGGGACACGGGUGGUGCUGUGGUCUAAACCACUGAGCCUCUUGGGCUUGCUGAUCAGAAGGUCGGUGGUUUGAAUCCCCGCAACGGGGUGAGCUCCUGUUGCUCAGUCCCAGCUCCUGCCAACCUAGCAGAUCGAAAGCACACCAGAAGUGCAAGCAGAUAAAUAGGUGCCGCUCCGGCAGGGAGGUAAAUGGCAUUUCUGUGCGCUGCUCUGGUUUCACCAGAAGCGGCUUAGUCAUGCUGGCCACAUGACCCGGAAAAACUGUCUACGGACAAACGCCGGCUCCCUCGGCCUGUAAAGCAAGAUGAGCACCACAACCCCAGAGUCCUUUGUGACUGGACUUAACUGUCAGGGGUCCUUUACCUUUUUUUUUACCAGCUGAGGAAAUACUCAGUGGGUAACAAUCUCCAGCGUUAUACUAUCAGUUUCUAGUAUAUACUGGUAUUGUGUUGUCCUCCAAUGUAUUUUAUAGAUAUACAUUAAUUUGAUUUAAUGAAGUUAUGUAUUCAGCUAUUUCUAGUUUAAGGAAUAUGUGAACAUAUUUUAAAACAAAAUUAGUUGUGAUUCAGUGGGUUUUUUUUUCUUUCACGUUUUUUAGGGAUAGUGGUAAAGAGUUUUAUUAAAACUCCAGUUUUUUAAUGCAUGGAUUUUGUCCAGUAACAUAUCUAUUUUAAUUCGCUGUCAAUCAUUGCAAAUGUGAAAGAAGAAUGGCAAGUUUUUUUAAGAAGCAGGAAUUAUCUGUCACAUUAUGAAAUUAACAGUCCUUUUGUUGUGCAUUUUCAUAAGCUUUGAAGUCCACUUUAGCUGCAGUCUUAUAUCUACUUACCUGGGAGUAAGUCAAGUAGGUUUUCAGCCUAAAGCACUGCAGUGCUCUGCCAAUAGGUCUUGGAAAAACUUUUUUUUUUAAUAAUCAGGGUUUGAUAUUCAGCCAUGUAGCCAGAUUUUCUUCACUUGAGACUCUCGGUCCUAAAAUGUUCUUUCAGCCGUUUCUGGCUACAAGUGUUGACUCCUCACCACAUUCCUUUUAGCACUGCAGCCCUUUACACACUAAUGUGGGAGUAAACUCCAUUGAUAGCAGUCCACAGCAGCCCUUGCCAAGGUCACUAUGGUUACGGCCCCUCUCUGUUCUGGAAAGUGUUACUUCCUUCAUUUCUGGCAAACACGAAUGAGGCAAUAAUAUGAGGAUCAGUAAGGCUUUAAAAUUGGUUGUGCUAAUUACCUUACAUUCCAAAGGUUUGGAAAUACAGGAAGCUAGGGAGUUUCUCUGAAAGAUCGUGGGGUGGGGUGGGCAGAUAGGAGAGACCAAUUACAUUUUCUAAUCAGAACUAUUGACCACAGUAUCCUUCUGGAUCGUCUCAGAAGGUUGGGAGUUGGGGGCACUGUUAAACAGUGGUUCUGCUCCUUCCUCCUGGACCAUUUCCAAAAAGUGGUGGGGUGAGAUGAGUGUUCAAACCCCUGGGUGCUCUCUUGCGGGGUGCCUCAGGGCUCCAUUGUCUCCCCCUUGCUUUUUAAUAUCUGUAUGAAACCACUGGGAGAGAUCAUUGGGGUUUGGGCUGGGUGUUCAUCAGUAUGUGGAUGAUACCAUCUACAACUAAUCCAAAAUGAGGCUGCUAGACUGGUGACUGGGAGCAGCCGCUGGGACACCAGUCCUAAAAGAUCUACAUUGGCUCCCAGUACGUUUCCGAGUACAAUUCAAAGUGUUGGUGUUGACCUUCAAAACCCUAAAGGGCCUCAGCCAUGUAUACCUGAAGGAGCGUCUCCGCCCCCAUCAUUUAGACACUGAGGUCAAGCUCCCAGGGCCUUCUGGAGGUUACCCCACUGCAAAAAGUGUAGUUACAGGGGAACCAGGGAGAGAGCCUUUUCAGUUGUGGUCCCCACCCUGUGGAACACCCUCUCAUCAGAUGUCAAAGACAUUAAAAACUACAUGACUUUUAGAAAACAUCGGAAGGCAGCCCGAGUGGCCGGGGAAAUCCAGUCAGAUGGACAGGAUGCAAAUAAUAAAAAUAUUGCUAUUACUGAAGUUUUCGUAAUUCCUCAUUUCUCACACCCUCCUAUGUUAAUUUUCCUAUGGCUUCUCUGCCAAGAAAGCAAGGAUUGCCAUCUUUAUUUUAAUAUGGUGGCUUCCUCAUCUACAAGGACCCUCUUAAACAGGAUUGGUAAUUAACUGAGUCCCAGAUUUAAAACAGAGAUGUCAUCUUUUAAAAAACUGCACUGCAUAUUUCUUUGAUGGUUUGUUUCUUGCAGUUCCUGCCAGUAUAAGAGCUUUGAGAACUGGGUUGUCUGCAUUAAUCCUCGCAAAGCACUCCAGUGGUGCCAACCCCAUUCAUUAAAUUGGAGCGUGUUCUGAUCUUUGAACAGUCUGCUAACAAACUGAUUUCUUUUAUUGACUGCUGGCUUCCUGUUAUGGUGCCAGCUUCCCCUUCAAUUUAGCUGCAAAUGUCCAAAAUGGAAAGAACACAGUGAAAUGAAAGCAUGAUAAGGAUAGACAAUAAAGAAACUGUUCAACCCCUCGCCCCCAGCAAUAUAUAUACAACAACCAAAAAAAACCUCAUUUGAAAUGUAACAACAACAUAGUUUUACAUAACACUGAUCACUGUGAACUACUCUAAUACUGAAGUAGAAGCCAUAUUCUAAGCCCUGUUCAGAUACUGGUGCACUCUGAUAAUAGUGUGUAAUGUGUUGUGGCUAUGUUCUAAGGACACAGUCCUCAACCUCCGAAGUUGAUGGGGAGGGGUGGUAGAAGAACUACUGGUGGGAGGUGUGUAGCCCUGCUGUGCUGGAGACACCAAGAUCUGCCCUAGCAGGUUGGAAGCUACCACCGGAAGUAAGCCACAGUGUUUUAUGGUGUUGUAUAGGCUUUGAAUCCAUGGCAUCUUAAAGCCCCAUCUUUGGUCCUGCUGGCUUCUGCCAGGCAGAAGGUUGGAAGGAAAACACUUUGAACCUUCUGCCUGGCAGAAGCCAGCAGGAUCUCUGAUGCUCUGGAGCAGGGUUUCCCAACUUGGGUCUCUAGCUGUUUUUGGACUACAACUCCCAUCAUCCCAAGCUAGCAGGAGGACCAGUGGUCAGGGAUGAUGGGUGCUGUAGUCCAAAAACAGCUGGAGACCCAAGUUUGGGAAACCCUGCUCUGGAGGAUCAGCUGUUCUGUGCCUCUUAGACAUCUAAGACUAGAACCUGUAAGACCCAUAAAAGUUAAUUGCCCAAUUUGAACAAUUCUAUUGGCUUAAUAAGCAGUUAUGAAAAGAAUUGCCCAGGAAAUCUUGGAGCAACGUAGUAUCCUAAAUCCCUGUUUGAAUUGGCUUUGAAUCCUGACUUGUUCAAAGGCUGGCAACCAUCACAGGGCGGGUUACAACAUAAAAAUAUGAAACACAAAACCUAUAGGUCUAAUGAAGUUAAUAAAGAGAUUCAGCUGCGUCCUCUGUGACUUGAUAGUUAAGAAUGAGGGAAACGAGAGAAGCCCUGCUGAAUUCAAGAGCAGGAGCUGGGCUCUGAACUGUAGAAACAAUUUAACACCAGUAUUGUUGUUGUUGUUUAGUCAUGUCCGACUCUUUGUGACCCCAUGGACCAGAGCACGCCGGGCACUCCUGCCUUCCACUGCCUCCCGCAGUUUGGUCAAACUUAUGCUGUUAGCUUCGAGAGCUUCGAGAGCCAGUGUGGUGUAGUGGUUAAGAGCGGUAGUCUCGUAAUCUGGGGAACCGGGUUCGCGUCUCCGUUCCUCCACCUGCAGCUGCUGGGUGACCUUGAGCCAGUCACACUUCUCUGAAGUCUCUCAGCCCCACUCACCUCGCAGAGUGUUUGUUGUGGGGGGAGGAAGAGAAAGGAGAAUGUUAGCCGCUUUGAGACUCCUGAAGGGGAGUGAAAGGCGGGAUAUCAAAUCCAAACUCCUCUUCUUCUUCUUCUGUCCAACCAUCUCGUCCUCUGUCGUUCCCUUCUCCUUGUGCCCUCCAUCUUUCCCAACAUCAGGGUCUUUUCCAGGGAGUCUUCUCAUGAGGUGGCCAAAGUAUUGGAGCCUCAGCUUCAGGAUCUGUCCUUCCAGUGAGCAUUCAGGGCUGAUUUCCUUCAGAAUGGAUAGGUUUGAUAUUCUUGCAGUCCAUGGGACUCUCAAGAGUCUCCUCCAGCACCAGAAUUCAAAAGCAUCAAUUCUUCGGCGAUCAGCCUUCUUUAUGGUCCAGCUCUCAUUUCCAUACAUCACUACUGGGAAAACCAUAGCUUUAACUAUAAGGACCUUUGUCGGCAAGGUGAUGUCUCUGCUUUUUAAGAUGCUGUUUAGGUUUGUCAUUGCUUUUCUCCCAAGAAGCAGGCGUCUUUUAAUUUUGUGACUGCUGUCACCAUCUGCAGUGAUCGUGCUUAUGUUCUGAUUUUGUUUCCUUAUUCAACAACUUUUAUUUCUCUCCAUGUCCACUGAAGGAUAAAGUGGAGAAAAGGGGUAGGGGCCAGUGUAUUCAUUUAAACUUUAGCAGAUGAAUUAAUUGGAAUACUUUUGAUUGAUUGAUUUUUAUUCCACAGAACCACUGAAAAGGUGCUAUGAAUGGUGAAUCUAGAGCAGAGGUGGUAACCUCACCACCUCCAGCAGCCCCUCAUAAGGAGAGGUAUUUUGAUAGAGUGGAUGAAAAUAACCCAGAGUACUUGCGAGAGAGGAACAUGGCUCCUGACCUUCGCCAGGAUUUCAAUAUGAUGGAACAGAAGAAGAGAGUCUCCAUGAUCCUUCAAAGCCCAGUAAGGAUAAAUACUUGGACAUGACUUUAGAAGAGAGCUAACAAAAAAAUCAGUUUUUUAAUCAUUUCCUCAAAAAGGCAGCAUUAAGUUGUGGGGCAGAAUUCAAAAUGUCUUAAGGCACAUUGCGUAUGUUUGUGGCACACAGGAGCUCCUCAUUUGUUUUUUGCGGUGGCAAGUACUUUUGUUGCCUUGGAGUCCUCCAAAUCCCAAGUUUCAAUCAAGUUCAGGCUGAUAUAUUACAGUGGACGAUGAAAUCGAUGAAAUAUCAUUGGGAAAGGCUUCCUGAUGGUGAAAGCAUCAUAAUAGCAUUUUGCAUUUUACAGUUCUAUUGUAUUUUUUAAUUAUGCUGUGUAUUGCCCAGGCAGCUAAGAAAUCUAGUGGAUGACAUAAAUAAAUCCCAGCUAUGGUCUCAUUCCAGCAAGCAUCCAUGUUUUCUGUGUAUAUUGCCACUGAAACCAAAAUUGGGGGGGUGGGAGGUGGAGUGAAACCAUUUAGCUCUGGUGUCAUUAAGGUAUCAGGAAUUUCAGCAACUCUAGGCUGCUUUAUACAAAAUUAUUUUCUUGUACAAUAUAGUUUCCAUGUAGAAAAUGACAGGUUACAUAGUUACCUGUGACAAAAGCAUCUGGUGAUACAGAACAAAAGCCACAAGUUCUUGUAGCACAAAGAUAUAGCCAAAUCGAAAUGUAAACUUUACUUCUUAAUGCUGUAUCUGUGCCGUUUGUUGUACACAAGUUUGGUCUCUGUAGUAAAAUUGCUCUUUGUGAAGCAGUCCUCAGUUGUGUUGAGCUGCCAACUUGCAGUAAGAGUAAUUCUCAGUUGAAUAAGUUGGUUAAAGCUUCUUAAUGUAAUGUGUUAUUUAUUUUUGAAAUAUUUCUGACAUCCUUCAAUAUAAAUAUUCUCAGGGCUGCUUAAGCAAUAAUAAUACAAUACAACAAGAAACUAACAAAAUUUCAAAAUUUGGAUGAAAACUGGCAACAACAAUAAAAAGAAUCAUAGUUAACUGUUGAAAAACUUCAGAGAAUAAAAAGUCUUUGCUUAGCACCUUAAAAUACAGUGAAAUAAACACAAGGUGAGCCUCUCUGGAGGAACAAUUCCAUUAAACAAAGGGAGAGUCCUCUUCCAGACACCUCACUUCUCACCAUGAGAGCACCCGAUUCCAGGAUGCAGUCAAGCUGCUAUGAAGCUACUGGGUUUAAAUAACAGCAGUAUAUGGGGCACAAUGUUGAUAAGAACUUGUGUGUCUGCUUGUCUGCCUCAAGUCCCUUAUUCAGACAGUGCACCAAAAAAGCAGGAGCAGGCUCAAUAAUUAUUCCUAGAGAGAUGCUUCUGGCUGUGAGAAGCAUUAAUGACAAGAGAUGUGGAAGGGACGAAUUAAGAGAAUCCAAUUUGCUUGAGGUUCUCCAGUAUUUCGGUGUCUAACAUGGUAUUCUAUUGUUAGGCAUUUUGUGAAGAAUUGGAAUCGAUGAUCCAGGAACAAUUUAAGAAAGGAAAGAACCCAACAGGUCUACUGGCUUUACAGCAGAUUGCAGAUUUCAUGACGACAAACGUUCCAAAUGUCUACCCAGCAGCACCUCACGGUGGAAUGGCUGCCCUUAACAUGAGUGAGUUCCAGCAGAUAUUUUGGGAGUGGAUAGGGAUUGCAGCUGGUGAAUUCAAAGCUAAGUGUGGACUAAUCCAAAAUUGAAUGUAAACAGUGCAGUUUUGAAAGAACUCUUUUAGUGAGAACUGGCUCUAAUUUUGUUUUAAGAAUUUAUUGUAUUAAGAUUUGGAAAUUAGGAGAUGUUGUAAUAAGUGCUGGAAUGGUUUUGUUAUGCUUCAGUGAAAGAGAAUAGAUGUAGAUUUCAGUUUUAAAAGAGAAGUUCCUCAUUAAACGGGUGUGGUGCCUUGCAUCAGCUGAAAGGAUUCAGAUUUCAUAUUGUGAAUUGACUUGAUAUGGUGUUAGCCUCCUGUUGGAAGGAGAGUAUGGCCACACCAUUUAGACAUUGUUAUUAAGAGAUGUAAACCAUAUUGGGCAUGUCUUUCCUUUUCCCCAGGUCUUGGCAUGGUGACCCCUGUGAAUGAUCUCAGGGGUUCAGAUUCAAUUGCUUAUGACAAGGGCGAGAAACUGUUGAGAUGCAAGUUGGCAGCCUUUUACAGACUAGCUGACCUCUUUGGGUGGUCACAGCUUAUUUACAAUCACAUAACAGUGAGUAUUAAAUCAUCUAUAUCUAUAUUUCUCCUUUUUAUUUGUUGUUUAGGGUAGAAUAGGAAUAACCAACUUUGGAGGAGUCCAGUCGUUUGAAACAACUUAAUUUAUUUCAUACAACACUUGAUUUUAAAAUACCUCAUAGCGGUUUACAAAACUUUAUCUGGCCCCUAGUGGCCCUUAUCAAUUUUGGAUCUGGGUGUAAUAGAAAAUUGUCUUCAUUUCAUUUGCGGGAGAUAGGGGAAUGGGUUUCUGCAUGCAGUUCAUAUAACUUCGUGUGUUGCUGUAUAUUUAUGUUCUGGAAGGCAAAAGAUCAUUGCUUCUUGAGGGGAGGGGAUCUUUCAGAGACCUUUUUUUGCAGUUUAAAAAACUUGUUUUAAUUUUGACCUUUAUUAACUAUUUUAUUGUAUGUUGUAUAUUUUUGUAAUCUGUUUAGAAGUUUUAUUUACAGUUAAGGGAUAUACAAAUUAUGUUAAAGAAAAUUACUUAGUUGGUGAAUGUUCUAGCUCCUGGUUAUAAAUACUAAGUACUGUACUAGCUAUGAUUUUACUGCUAGUUUUUAUUAAAAACCAUGGGUGACCAUGAAGGGAUUGAAUUGCUUUAGGUCCUGGAGUUGUGCCCAUAUAAUAACCCUAACACCACUUCCCAAAAUUAAGAAGUUGUCUGUUCAUGGUUAAGAGAACAGAUGAAAUGGUAAAGAUGCUAAUACUGAAAUUCACACCGCAGUUUGGAAAUAUUGGUUGCCUGCUGAUAUGUCCCAACUAAUUCAAUAAAAUGGAGAUUUGAAAAGUCUUCAUACUAAAAUAAGAUUUUGGAAAAGUUUACCCUUGUUUCCUUAGAUAAAAAUGAAAUUUAAUAAACAGUAACAGUAUUUAUCUUACUAUAAGCAAUUUUUUAUGCUCCAUUGACAAAGUAGUGGGACAUCUACUGUAUCUCUUUUAAAAUCUAGUAUAACUGUUGGAACUUCUCAUCUUAAGUGAAACCAUUUGGCCUGUGUGCUCCAGAUGUCUAUACUGUGAGUAAUUUAUUGGCACCCAUGUCAUUAAUGCUUGAGAAGAAUGAAUAGCAUCACAAUGAGCUUACUCAUGUGCCAAAUAAGCAUUAAGCUACAGCUGUAGUAAGAAUUGAAGUCACUCUUGUAUUUUAUUAUAAAGCUUAAUUGUGAAGAGGUUUCCAGACUUCUGAUUUUCUCUAGUGGUUUUUCUUAACAGUUGAAGCCCUCCGAACAGUGAUGGAGGAGGUGAAAAUUGGUGAAAAUAGCUUAUUCUCCCUGUUCUGUGAGAAGCAAAUUUUGCUAGGUUGCCAGCCCUUCCACAAAUAGCAGUCCCUACACAAAGACUGCUCUUGAUCAAACCAUUGUUUUCUCAAAUCUGCUGUCUGAAUACCAAACAUAUUAGGAUGUGCAUGUUUUCAAAAACAGAUUUGUCUUACUCACACUUUACAUUUUUGUGAGCAUACCUUAGAUCUGAUUUGUGAAGCAAUUCAUGGGGAAAGUGUUUGGCACUUUUCCCUUCUUGGGCCUGUCUGCUGGAGCCAGCAACAGAGAGAGAUGGAGAGAGGCAGUGUCCCAACUAGAAAGAAACAAGGCUUUGAGAGGGGGCUGCAGUUCAGUUUUGUCUUUCCCACCUUUAACUUCUCCUGGUUGGGCUGAUGGAGCAUAAGCCUGCAUUCCUUUACCAUAUGCUUGAUGCUGUUUGUUGUUGGCUCAUCCUCUGGGCCAGGUGAGUGACAGACCCACACCCUACCCUGAGCUCAACCAAGUGUAAAAUGUAAGAGAGGGGUGUAACACUUCAAAGGGGAAGGCCUCAAGGGUUACCUCACAGGAGAUAACUUUAGAGGAUCUGUCAAAUUCUCCAGUGUCUUUCCUCCCAGGCUAUUUCAUACUUAAAUGAAAUCACUCCUGUCCAUUGCCUGGCAGUGAAAGUCUCCCACCCUGGACAUUGCAGGGAAUAGAUGUUUUUUCAGGGAUAUUGCCAGGGGUAGAUGUGUAUGUUAGAAAUGUUCAUUUAGUUAGAAGUACUCUUCCUCUUUAUUUAAGGCUGGCUAAAAGCCAUCUGCUUUGAUGGGGGAAGAAUGAGCUGGUCCUCUAAUUCCAGUUCACAGCCAUAUUCACCCCCACAUGUUCAUUAAGUCUAUUGCUGCAGGUGAAGGAAGGAGCUGGGUUGGGCAUGUUUUUCGAAACUUGGCCAUUACCCCAAUUCCUACAAACUGGAAGUGGUCUGCUGAAAAGGCUGUGUGAAAUCUCUUAACUAGCCACUUGGCAUUGAGGUAGAGAAGAAGAUGGAAACUGGGUCAGCAGCCUUCAUGAAUGAAGUUAGAGUUCUCUUGUGUGCAAAGAGUUUUUUCUUCUUGUUCACACCAGUUUUGCUGAUUAGAUUUGAGACUGCAGGAUAAAUGUAAAUAGUGGCUGCUUUGGGAAUGUUCAUAGGUUCAAAAUUAAGUGACAUGUCUAUUCUGGACCCUUCUGUAGUCCCUUCACUUCUCAUUAGAACUUCAUAGGAAUUAUGAAUUGAGUUAAGAGCAGUUCUCGUGAAUCUCACUGUCCUUCAUUCUCAGAGCUGGUAAUUGUCAUCGUGCUAUAGGCAUUAUGGCCCAGAGACGAACUUCUAUUAGCCAGACCAGUGUGACCAAUGGUUCGAGAUGAUGGGAACUGUAAUCUAACAUCUGGAGGGCACCAGGUUGGGAAAGUCUGGUCUAAACUGUCACUAAUGUUGGUAGUCGGAGUGUGAAAGCAUUGAUGUUCCAACAUGUAUCGUGAAAACAAAGUAUCUGAAUUCUUACAUGUACUUAUGUUCCAAGUUCUCAAGUCCAGGAGGUAGGAAGACAGUCUAUUCUUCCCCUGGAAGAAGCAGGUUUGUUGCUUGGGGAUACUCCUGGAUCCAACAUGGUCACUUGAGGCCCUGGUGGCCUCAGUGGCUAGGAGUGGCUAUUUCCAAGUACAGCUGGUUCACCAGCUACUGCCCUUUUUGGACAGAGGUGUCUUGGUCAUAGUACUCCGUGCUACAUCCAGAUUGGAUUAUUGCAAUGCACUCUACAUAGGGCAGCGCUUGAACGCUAUUCUGAAACCUCAACUGGUCCAAAGUGCAGCAACCAGAUUGCUGGCCAAAGUCACUUGUAGAACUCUUACAACUUCUGUUCUAAAACAGUUGCAUUCAGUGCUAGUUCUUUUCUGGGCCUAAUUUCAGGUGCUCCCACUCAUUUUUAAAGCCCUAAAUGACUAAAGCUCCAUAUAUCUGGAAGACAACCUCCUUCCUUGCAGACACUCCCAGGUGUUAAGAUCAGCAAAGGGGGCCCUCUUGCGGUUCUGCCUUUCUCAGAAGUUCACUUGAGGGAGGGGGCCCAGGAGAGAUCAUUCUCUGUGGCAGACCCUAAGUUAUGGAAGGCCCUCUGCACAGUGGUGCAUCUGGCUGCUUUAUAUGGUUUUUAUUCUGUAUAAUACUGUAUAAAUGCUGAAGACACAUCUCUUUACCCAAGCUCUUUCACAUCUAAGAUAUGUGUUGUCAGGGCCCAACCUAUUCCCCCAACUGUAAUCUGUUUUAAUUGUUCUAAUUGUAACAAGCCCCGAGAGCUGUUGGUGAAGGGCAGGUAAUACACUUUUACAUACUACUACUAUGUGUAAUAAUGACUUUUUCCAGUGCAUCUGAAUUAUAUGCAUUUUGCAAUUUCUAGAUUUUGUCUUUUUUGUAAAUCAGUUAUUUAAAGUGAUGUUUCCUUGUUUCUACAUACUCAGUUUUCAUUCUUUUUUCUUUGUCUUUUUUGUAGGUCAGAGUAAAUUCAGAGCAGGAACACUUUCUCAUUGUGCCUUUUGGGCUUCUCUAUAGUGAAGUUACUGCAUCCAGUCUGGUAAGUGAAAGACUCUUUUGUUCAAACAAAUCAGAAUCCUGAACAUCAGAUCACAAUACAGCUCCAUUUAGAUGUGACCGAGCACUAUUAAAGGCAAUGGAACAAGUUAGUCAUUAGUAACUUAAGGCCAGUUGCUAUCAAUAUAAUUUGGUCACAACUGACUUUGGAUUGGGACUGUAGUAUUUAAUCACUCCAUGUCUUAUGUGCAAGGGUAUUCUGCCCUUUCUACUUUUAAACUUUUAAUCUUAUAAUCGUCCGUCUUGUUUGGGCAUCCAUUUGGACAAAUGGACUGCUUAUAUUAAUAUAUAUGUUUAAAUCAAGAUGGAUGGGAUAAUUUUAUUAUUAAUAUCAGCUGACUUGACAAUGUUUUCUUUUUCCUGUAUCUGCAAAAUAAUAAUAAUAAUAAUAAUAAUAAUAAUGAAGUUGAAUUUGUAACAAGUUCUUCCCUAUAGUCAGUUUGCAAGCUAUUUCUUUGUAGUAUUUAUGUAGUCAUAUCAGUGAGUUGUGCGCCUGUGCAAAGAAGCAUCUAAAACUUCUAGUACUUUAGGAAAUAGCACUUGUCCCUUCCUUUGAGUGGGCAGACCCCAUGUGGUAAGAGCAAGUAAGCACUUUACUACCCUGUAGUCUUCCUUUGCCCACUGCCUGAACAGCAUCUCACCACCUGUGUUUUUGGGAGCUAAAAUUAGUUAAGUAGAGAGUUAGGAUCACCUGCUUGUAAAGUAUACUCAUUCCUUUUUCUUGUUUGCUGAACACUUGAGAUCCAGAUCCUGCAUCCUUUCCUACGUAACUCAGGGUCCGUCCCCACCCCCAUCACAGGAAUGGGGAAGUGUGAGAACCUGGUUUCUAAAGUUCGGGAAGUUUUCAAGAUGUUAGUUUGCACAGACCAGUAUAUUAGACAGCAAAUAAGAUCACUCAAAGAGUGCUGGUUUUACUGGUACAGUGGUGCCCCACAAGACGAAUGCCUAGCAAGACGGAAAACCCACUAGACGAAAGGGUUUUCCGUUUUUGAGUUGCUUCGCAGGACGAAUUUCCCUAUGGGCUUGCUUCGCAAGACGAAAAUGUCUUGCGAGUCUUGAGAUUUUUUUCCGCUCCCCCCCCCUUUAUCUAAGCCGCUAAGCCUUUAAUAGCCUUUUAGCAGCUAAUCCGCUAAGCCGAUAAGCCUUUAAUAGCCGCUAAACCGCUAAUAGCGCUAAUCCGUUAAGCCGCUAAUAGGGUUGCUUCGCAAGACGAAGAAACCGCUAGACGAAGACACUCGCGGAACGGAUUAAUUUCGUCUUGCGAGGCACCACUGUAAAUUAUUUGUGCUGCAUUCACACAGCAGUUCAUUACUGGCAUUUCUCUAAAUGUUAAUAUACACAUUAUAUUCAGGCUUUCACAUUACAUAAAAGCCACUUUUAGAAAUCUAGUGGAAUGCGGCACAGGUUCAGCAUUCAUUUCGGUGUUACUUGCUUCCAGAACACAAUCCGCUUGCAAGCGUGGAAUUUCUGCACCGACUGAGGCGCUGCAGGAUGCUCCGCAAGGGGCUUUCAUUUAGGAAAGGGUUGCAAAGCCUUGUGCCCCCUUUGCCCCUCCCCUCAACAGGAGAGGCUCCGAAACUGAUUUUCCCUUAAAGUAGGUCAGUUGUGGAGCCUCAUCUCCCCCCUCCCCAAGGAUUGCCCGCUCCCCAUAACAGCUGUGAUCCUGCAAGAUAAUAGGGGUGAGGUUCCACUAGUGGCUUUCCUCAGCUACCCAUCCCAGGGAUCAACUGCAAUCCUGCAGGUUCUGGGUGAUGCACCAGAAGCUGUUUCCUUAAAAGAUAGCUGCUUGUGGGGCAUCAACACACACAACUGCUCAACAGUUGGGUUGAAUUGGGGUGUGUGGGUGUGAUACUGCACAAAGAGCUUUCCCUUUUGAUCACGCAUACCCCAGCAAUGAUACCUCUGCUCAUCAGCUGUUGAGCAGAGGUAGAAUCCUGAUUAUUUUUACCUACCUUUCACACUGCAUUACCUGCCGGCUUGAAUGAAAUUUAGUGCAAUAUGGUGGUAUGCAGGGUGUAUUUAUCUCCCUCCUAUAGAUCUUGUUCUGUGUAUGUGUGCUGUAGAAGCUUCAGCAAAGCAGUUAAGCUCUUCAACACAAAACAGCUGUUCUUAGCAGAGUUGUUUUACUUGGCACACACAUUCUAUAUACAGGUUACACAAAGGCGUUUCUCUCUCUGGUCCCAGAGAGGGUUCUGUACUUCAAAGUCCUUUUGAACCAAAGUCCGUUAGCAAGUUCUAAGUUCAGUUGUUCGGAGACCUGAACAACUUGACUGAAUUCUCUGAGUUCUGAAGUCUGGCAGUUCUCCAACUUCUUCUCAGAUGAUCUCUUCAAAAAGUCUUCACACAAAAACACAGUUCCAGCAGAUAGCCUUCAAGUCCUGCAAUCUCUUACCACGACUCUCACUGUGGACCCUCACUGUGUGCAGUAACCUGAGCCUUUUCAUACACAAACUUACUUGCCAAAUCUGUGCAGUAACAUGCAUGAGAGAGGAACCAGAUUCAGCCAGGUGCAUUGUGGGGCAUGAGCCAGCAUCACCAACUCAUGUGAAUUUAACUCAAUACACACUUUCCUUAACAUACAGGUACUGCAGUGCAAGAAGAACAUUAGGAGGUCAGGACAGAAGCACUAAUGCAAUACACACCCCAUGCAUGAAUGCAGCCUAAGACAUGUUUUUUUAAACAUUUCUUUUUUUAAAAAAAAACUUUCCAAUAGUGUUAAUAUGAAAAUGGUAAGAACUCCUAAAAAAUUGCAAAAUCCUUCUAAUGUUGAAUUGCACAAAUGUUUGAGGUGUUAUGAAUGACAUUUUAUUCCUGCUUUCAACAUGAUUACUGUUCUUUUCAUCAUCAAAUAAAAGAAUAUGUGAAAACCUAUAAAGAUGCAAAUAAUUCUGAAAAGCAUAUUAUCUGUCUGUAAAGUCUCCAGUUGGCUGUAGUCAUUCCAUGGAUCUUGAGCCUCUUAAAAAACCCCCUCUAAUCUUAACAAACCUUUCUACAAGCUCAGCACAGCCACUCAGAUAUAUUGAGAGAAUGUGGUGAUUUUUCAUUAUCUGGGCCCAAAUAUUUUGACGAUUAAAAUUAGGUGUUUGUUUUCCUCCCCCACAUUCCACCAUAAUACAGAACUAUGCUUGCAAUGCAAACUAUUUCUAAUGUAUUUGUGUAAACACCUUCAAAGAGUAGCAUAAAAUAAACCCCUGUAAAAGCCUUUUCAGUGGGAGUGAGGGGCACUCCCCCCCCCCAGCCGUUUUCCCCAUAAGAAGAGAAACUGCCAGCAGCAUCUCCCUGCUGCUUUCACUCCUUGUGAAUGUUAGGGGACAUUCGGCACAGAAACAUGUGUGUAUACCUUUAAGAAGUUUCUGGGAUUAAUUGGCUGCAGGUGGCCGUUGCUAUAAAGGAAAAAAGCUGAGUUUUGUAGCCUGCCUGCAGGAAUAACACCCACCUGAGUUUGUGUUUAUUGUUUAGUACUAAAGUCUUCGUUUUAGUUUGGGUUUUUACACGUAUGUCUCCUGGAGUCACUCUGUCCUCUGCCACCGGCUGGAAAUCCCCCUCCAACAGUGAAAGCCCAGUGCAAAGGGAAAGAAGCCCUUUGCCCCCCCCUCCUGGGGGUACUUGCCAGAGUGGGUAGGGUGCUCUGGUGAGCGACCGAUCAACUGGUUUGUUCCUCUCCUUAUUUGAUGUGACUGCUGCUUUUGUAUCCAUCUUAUAUUUGUUUUCAUUGAGGGAGAUUUGAAAAUACUGAGCCUGUUUCUCUCCUGCGAUAGGACGGUAGGCUCAUUUCUAGAAUUAAUGCUAUUUUUUGUUACCAGGUUAAAAUAAAUAUUCAAGGUGAUGUUGUUGAUCGUGGAAGCACUAAUUUGGGAGUUAAUCAGGCUGGCUUCACGUUGCACUCGGCUAUUUACGCAGCUCGACCGGACAUUAAGUGCAUCGUUCAUAUUCACACACCGGCAGGAGCGGCGGUAAGAAGUUCCUUCUUCCUCUAGCUGUGUAGUGGUGGGGAAAUUUCAUGUAAAGUACUGCACUGCACCAGUCCAGGAGGAGAAAGAACAUGUGUGGUACUUAUUUCCCAAUCCAGAAAAGUAGGGGCAUUGAGGGGUAGAAAUUACAAAGCUUUUUAAAAGAGAAAAGAAACCUUAAAUGUAUCUCAGAGAAAUAAAUUUUCAUAUUUAAAAUUCUUUGCAUUUACUCUGGAGAUAAACUUGAAAGCACUGUGUAGGAAGGUCAAGACGGCAUCACCCAGCAUAGGACAGUGUGUCUUCUUGGUCAGUCCUGGGUGGGAAGAACAGAUUACCCUAAUCUUCAACACAACAGCCUUCUAGGGAAAAUUGACACAUUUGCUUCAUCCGGUGGGGCCUUUGGAAGUUGUGUUCUGCAGAGGACUAUGCACCUCAAAAGAAUCUGUCUUAGAUUAGGGUUUACAUCCUGGGAUGCAUUUGUUUUUUACAUUCCUAUGCUAGCUGUCCUCUUCUAUUUGAGGAGAGAAAUGGAAAAUCUAUACCGGGGUGGCUAGCUCCCAAGAGACUGCGAUCUACUCACAGAGUUAAAAACUGGCAGUGAACUACCCCCUUUUUGAGGGUUCAGGUCAAAGCUGUUGUGGGGGGUUUGGGGGAUCUACCAGUGAUCUACCUCCAGUGAUCUACCUGUUGGACAUGCAUGAUCUAUACUAACUGCUUAAUUUCUGUUAUUCAGGAGGGCAGGUAUGCUGCCCUGUAUCUUACCAACUUUCUGUAGGUCGGUAAAUGGAGUUGUCUGCUUACAUAAUUAAGUGGAACAGAGUCUCUCUGUGUGUUCUGUCUACCACAGAUAUGUUUUAUUCCAUUAGGACAAGGGUGAGGAACCACUUUGGGGCAGAGGGCCAGAUCCAGAAGUGGCCAGCCCUUUGCAGGCCUCAUUGGCAGGUGUAUGUAGCUGCACAGCUAACAUAGCAGGUGCACAUGUAAGGUGUGGAACCUGAUCCCUAUCCAAAUCAGCAUGGCUUGAAAUUGGUGCCCCUUUCUUGUAAUAGACAAAGUUUUGAUCUUAUUUUAUCUGAGGAACUAGCUCCUGUCUAUUUCCUACUUCCUCUCUCUGCUUCAUUGUGCGUGGGCCUGCAAAGUUUGCGGUAUUUCUAUUUCAUCCCACUGGAGGUUCUUCAGUUUCAUAUUUUGCCUCCUUAGGUCAGGUUUUGUUCAUUUUUAGAGUUUGUCUAAGGUAGGCAUGGGGAACCUUGACCCUCCAGAUUUUGUUAACUAUAACUCCCAUCAACCCUAGUAAGUAUGGCCAAUAGCAAGGGGUGAUUGGAGUUGUAGUUCUUCAACAUCUGGAGGGCCAAAGAUUCCCCAAACCUGGUUUAGGGGUUGAUGAGAGGAGUGCCUCUUCUGGCAGUGAAAUUUGGAGACUGCCUUCCUAGCCCUGAAGGAGGGGCCUUUCUCCAUACUGUCAUCCUUCUGCCAAGAAUUUCUUUUUCUUCGUAAAUGUCUAUUUAUGAAACCUGUUGUCAUCUUCUUAGGUGUCAGCAAUGAAAAGUGGUCUCUUGCCAAUCUCUCCAGAGGCACUGUCCCUUGGGGAAGUAACCUAUCAUGAUUACCAUGGGAUUCUUGUAGAUGAGGAGGAGAAAGUGUUGAUUCAGAAGAAUCUGGGCCCCAAAAGCAAGGUCAGUGUCCAAACAUCAUCUAAGGCGCAAAAGGCAAGAGAAAGUCUGUUUUGUUUUUCUUCUUACUUGUGCAUCACUUUCUUUCUUUAUCUCUUCUCCAAGGUUCUCAUACUCAGAAAUCAUGGUUUGGUAUCAGCUGGAGAAAGCGUGGAAGAGGCUUUCUACUAUAUUCAUAAUUUGGUUGUUGCUUGUGAGAUCCAAGUAAGCAUGCUAAUUUUUAUUUAUUUAUUUAUUUUUUAAUCUCAUUUUUUAUUUAUCUUCAUCAGUUUUAAAAAACUCAGGCUGGUAAUGCAUAUAGCAGACAGUGUAAUGAAAAGAUUUAUUUGCUGAAACUAUAUGGCAGGUUUUUAUUUUAGCACUGUAAGUGAAUGGUAAUGUUGAAUUAAAUUUAUUGGAUUAGUAGUUUUAUCUUUAAAACCCAGCCAGAUGUGGCAUAUAAAUAAAAAAAAUAUUAUUGCUAUUAUUAAAUGGCACUUUGAUUAGAGACAUUGUAAUGAAACAUUUAGCAUAAUUAUUGAUUAGACAUUGAAAUAUGUUUGAUUUAUUCAAUAUCACAGAAACUUUUAUCUGUUUUGAUUAUUUUAAGGUACGUACUCUGGCCAGUGCAGGGGGGGCAGACAACUUAGUGCUCUUGGACCCUGGAAAAUACAAGGCUAAGUCUCGUGGCCAUGAGCCUCUAGCAGGGGACGGGACAGCAUCUUACCCAAAAUGGCAGACCGGAGAGCAGGAAUUUGAAGCUCUUAUGCGAAUGCUUGAUAAUUUGGUAAGAGAAAAAUCUACUAUUCAACUGAUUUUUAACAUCAGAAAGAUCUUGUAACAUACGUUACUGGUCUCAAGGGUUUCGUUUCUGUUUAGACAAUGUACAUAAAUGUACAUAAUUAAAGGACAAAUAAAUCUAGGAAGAAAAGCACUUUCUGAGAAUGCCAGGAGUAGGAGUACCAUUUCCAAUGGCAGCUGCCAAGAGGCUCGUCCUUAACUUUACUGUACCCUGAUCUCCUUUAUAGCAAGAACAAAACAAAAUUGCUGUAGACUUGCAGUAAUUCAGCAUUAUUAUUAUUUAUGGGUUUUUUAAAUGUCUAACACACCCUUCAAACAAUAUUCCAGGGUGAUUAUUUAAAAACAGAACAGAAACAAAGCAAUAUAAUUCUAAAAGAGAAAAAAAAAUAAACCAGAUUAAAUUUAAACAACUAAAAAGCUUUGACAGAUAAGGUUUUCUCCUGUUUCUGAAAUGGCAUUAGCAUACACACCAGGUGAACUUCCCUAGUGGGAGGAUUCAGUAAUGCACACUGGUGAUGGUAUGCAAGUAGAUAAUAAUUAGAGGGUCACCACCAAAGAGGCCCUUUUCCGUGGUAGCCACCUACUGCACCUCAGGUGACAGGGGCAUCUGGAGAAGAGUCUACUGAAGGUGGGCAGGCACAAGUGUUCUUUAACGGAGUCUGAUAGUCCCAGCCCUCCUCCUGAUCUGUUUUUUUCAAUUGGCAUCGCCCAGUUUACAAGUGGUCACUUGGAUGCCUUGUGUUUUUACAUCAUAGAAGAGAAGAACUGAGACUUGGACAUAUGUUCUAGUUCAUAUUUAUUACUCUUAAAUGCAAACUGUACUUGUUUCGUUCCAAGGAGCUUUGGACUGACAUAAUACUGAUUCACUCAUGGGCAUGCCAAUAUAAUUAAAGUGCUUCAAAGCAUGUUUCGUAAUUUGAUGUAUUUGUGUGAACGCAGAUCACCAAAAUGGCAAAGAUACUCAAGGGCAGAACUUGGCAUGCAUGUAUCAAUGUUUCCAUAAUGGCUGUCAGUAAAUUUGUUUAACGUGUAGGUUUUGAGGCCAUGUUGACAGUGUUCUGCUAUGGUGUUUCCUCAGGGUUACAGAACUGGCUACCCCUAUCGAUGCCCUGCUUUGAGAGAGAAAUCUAAAAAAUACAGUGACGUGGAAAUCCCUGCUAGUGUCACGGGGUAUUCUUUUGCUAGCGAUGGGGACUCGGGCACUUGUUCUCCUCUGCGGCAUAGUUUUCAGAAACAGCAGCGAGAGAAGACAAGGUGGCUGAAUUCUGGCCGAGGAGAUGAUGCUUCUGAAGAAGGGCAGAAUGGCGGCAGCCCCAAGUCGAAGACUAAGGUGUGGACGAACAUUACACACGAUCACGUGAAACCCUUGCUGCAGUCUCUCUCGUCCGGUGUCUGCGUGCCAAGCUGUAUUACCAACUGCUUGGUCUGUGCCUACCUUACUGUUCAUAGUUAGAUGAUGUAGAGCAACUUUGGGUGGCAGGCACUGUGAGGCUUUGGGAAUAAAAUACAACAUUAACUCCUCCCUCUUUCCUGACCGUCUAAUCUGGCUUCACUUGAAACAUUUCUUUCUAAUAUGCUCUAGUAAUGAAAUUUAGACCUGCGUUCUCAUUGCAAUUUGAAUGGAAGGGUGCAGAGAGCAGUUAAGACUGCUAAGCCAGCAAUAAAUGAACAAGCCAAUGUCUUAUUGGUUCUGUUUUAUAUAUUCGAGUUACUUAAAUGGUUUUUUAUAAGAGAAGUUUUGGUUGUACUUUCUGGGAAAUAUCCUAGUUAAAACUUAAAGUAAAUUAGUUUUUAAAUUUUUUGUCUAAAUUAUGUACACUUCUCAGCACAGAAAUUAGCUGGUCUACAAAUCUGUAUCCAGGCUGCCUUCUCGUAGUUUGUGGUAUUUGUUUUAAGUACUUGGCCAAUUACCACAUUUUAGUUAAAUCCGUGGGCCUGAUUUGGAUCGUAUUGAAGUGCCUUUUAUCUGAUCUGUGGAUUACCAAAAAUGACAAGAGUUUCAACCCCACAGGCUUUAUUUCCUCUUAAGCCCUUUUGCUUCCUAAUAAAUUGACCUCUUUUGCUGCUCUACCCUCUAUGCUUCUGUCUGUCCUAAAGCCUCCCAGUGUUCACAGCCUUCUGCAUGAAUUGUUGCAUGUAAGUAGAUGGCCAUAAUUUGAAAAUCUUUCCUCUAGUACCAGCUGGGUGUGGCAUGACUAAAGUGCAGCUCAGGCAACCACCAGGCACUGUUCGGGGAAACUUCGUUUAACAUUGCUGUUUACAAAGUUAAAAUAUGCACUUCAGUCUUGACUAAAGGUUUUCAAAUGCUAUCGUGUGGAUAGCUGUUUGGAAAUGCUUAUUGUGAUAUUGUAUACUAUUCUAUUCUAAAAUCCAGAUUUGUGCAUGAUGCCGGCUUUAAAGUGGCUGAUUGAUACAUUAGCUGACAAUGUAGGAACUUGAGACAAGAACAUAGAGUCCUUCAUAGCCAUUCUAGAGAUAGCACAGAUCAGUGUUGAGCAUGAAAAAUCAUAUUGUUCAAAAGUUGUUAACUUUCUCCUGUUCUCCUUUGAAUACUUUCAUUUGCUGUCAGUGGAAACCCCCCUAAAUCUUGGUUGCUUUUUUCUCCCUUUCAGAAUGAUUAAUGGGGAAUGUAGUUGCUCUUAGUCAAGGUAGUGCCAUCUAAAAAUCCACGGAGAAAAUGGAAUCCAAAGGAGAGAUUCUUUGUGUGGUGACUCCCUCCCCUUUUGCUAUCCUAUAUCUAGUACUGUCAAACCCUUCUUUUAUUCUAGAAAGAGUUAGUGCCCUAUGUUGUAAAAAUAUUGAUGAGAGUUUGUGUGUUUUGAACACAUGUAAUGAAGUGAAUAUCUGAAAUAAGUAUAAAAUGAAAGAAUCACUUGAAACCAUAAGCUUGUUUUAAUAUUUUGCUAGAACAAUGUAAUCUUACUCAGUUUGUGUAUUUGAUUUUUAAUGCUCUUAAAUAUUUUUAAAGUACCAGUUAUACUAAGGUUCUUAAUACUGUUGUUAAAUAUCUUUAAUAAAAACCUGGAGUUAUUUUUAUGUGAAAAGAUAAGAAUCAGUGAGUAUCCAUAGCUCCAUGUUCAUUCCAUUUUUUUACUUCAUACUUGCAAAACAUUUUUUUAAAUUCUGUUGCUUUUUUUUAAGAGUUCUAUUUCUGGCUAUCUUUUGUCUUAAAAUUAUUUGGGGGGAACAGCAUCUUUAAACGGGUUUGUUUCAGUGUUCAGUACAUUUUCUGUGCAAUAAUUGGUGUAUAAUUUAUGAGACUGAGCGCUUAAAAGAUCGUUGUGGCACAAAGUCGCCUUCCAACAUACUAAAUGUACUGGCCAUAUGAAACAACCUUCUGUAAAGAAAUCAUGGAAGUGCUUUGUGUAUGGGUUUUUAUUUUUUGUAAUCUUUGAAUCUGUAAGCUUUAUACAAAAUAUUUUGACAUCACCAAACUCCUUCCUUAGGCUGAUCCAUCUAUUUGCCUGUGCAAAAACAAUUCUGAAAACUACAUUGAGUUUUGUUUUGAAUCCAAACUUUGGUGAUGCCCACUCUUUCCUCAUAGUACAGAAUCGUUCACUCAACCUGGUUAUUGACAUCACACUGCUUUUCAUAUUCCUGUCAUCUUGUGCUUUCUGUUGGCUUUGAUGUGUCUAAAUAUCAGGGAAGUGAAUCAAUGAUGUGGAAAUUAAAAGACAGUCGAGGAGGUUUGGCAUUGUUGAUAGAUUUAUAUUUUAAUGGCUCAGUCCUGUACUGAGCCUCCAUCUGCACUAUACAUUUAAAGCAGUAUCGUGCCACUUUAAACAGCUAUGGUUUCUCCCAAAGAAUCCUGGGAACUAGAGUUUGUUACAAUUUCCAGAGUGCUUUAACAGUCAAUCGCUUUCCCCAGGGAACUCUGUAAACUGCAGCUCUGGAAGGGGGAAUAGGUGGCCUCUUAGCACCCUUAGCUCUCAGCACCCUUAACUCUUAGCACCAUAGCAAACUACAUUUCCCAUGAUUGUUUGGAGGAAGCCAUAACUGUUGAAAGUAGUAUGAUACAGCUUUAAAUGUGUAGUGCAGAUGGGGCCUGAGUAUGGUUAGACUUACUUCCAGGAAAGUGCAAAGACUUGCAGCCUUCUGUGGUUAAUACAAAUAGCAAAGUAACAUUUUUAGCUAGUCCACAUUUCUUGAAGUAUUGUUAAUAUAGACAAUCAGAAAAAUCAACAAGAUCUUUUGACGCAUUUUUCAGGACCUUGUGAUAUACUUCACUCCUUUUCAUAUUUAGUUUUUUGAAAUAUUUGCUCUGAAUUACAAAAAAAUAGCUUAACAGCUGUUUCAAAGCUGAGAGAUGGUUAUGUCUUUACAAAUACUGGAAUGCAGUCAUUGAUUCAUUUCUCAGUUCUGUACAUGCAUGAUUUACUGUGCUGUAAACUUGCUUCUAUGAAUGUUCUAGCCAUUACAGCAAUUUUGAUUUUAUGUAAUUGUUCUUGAUAUUACAGUGGACUAAAGAGGAUGGACAUAGAACUGCCACCUCUGCUGUCCAAAAUCUAUUUGUUCCAUUGAACACUAACCCAAAGGAAGUCCAAGAAAUGAGGAACAAGGUUUGUACUGGCAAUCUAUCUGUAAUCUCUGAAUGUUUUUUAUAGUCCACAUUGAAAGUACGCCUAUAUCAUAGCUGAAAUCUCAAGAGAAUAAAAAAUAAAGACAAAAUGCCUUAAAAAUAUGAGUGCUAAUUAGACGAAACAUUUCUCCUAUGUGGGAUUUGACUUUUCAGUUUGUAAUAAGUAACUUACAGGCCAUAUUUGCUAAACAGUCUCCUAUCCCUCUCCUCAAGUUGGCAAGAACUGGUCAGAAUAGCACAGCGGCUGUUGGUGUAAACCAGCCUUUCUGGUCCCCUACUGGUAGUUUGGAUUGUUGACCAUUAGCUAGGGCUGAUGUUGGAGCCCAAAACCUCUGGAGGGCUCCAGGUUGGGAAGGCUGGCAUAUAUUAAGUGUGCCAAAUAUAUUGCUUAGAUAGUGAUUGGUUUUUCAAAUAACCCCCUCCCUCCCACGCCCUAUUCAUGUAUUCAUACUUCCCUUGGCUUUCCAAGUCAACACUGAUUACUUCUGAACGCAUAUUUAAGAAGCUAACCAUGUUGCCGUUCACACAGUCCCUAAAGUCAUAAUUUUGCAUUUUAGAAAGGUAGGUAGAUAUUAUUUGUGUGCACUAUUUUUAAGAAUUGAUCUUUGGAAUUUUUGAUGCAAUUUGCUUAUUGUUGUGGGUGUAGCAAAGAACAUACUCCAUUGCAUUGCUCGUAAGAUUUCCUUUUGCAAAACAAGAACAAUGUAUUCAAACUAAGCCUAUGGAAAGAAAGAAAUAUGCCAAUUUGCAGUCACAAAAUUUGGGGUUUAGUGCAGGAUCCUAGAGGCUGUUUAGUCAUUCUGGCCACAUGACCCAGAAAACAGUUUGCGGCAAACGCCAUCUCCCUCGGCCUGAAGCGAGAUGAAUGCCACACUCUAUAGUCAAGUUUGACUGGACUUAACUGUGCAGGGGUCCUCUUUACCUUUUACCCCUGGAAGCUUCUGAGAGACUGAUGCUUGUAGUCCCAAAUGUGUAAUAAAAUAUAAAAAUGGUAUACUGCAGUGGUAAUUGAUGGAACUGAUACCGUAUAUAUCCAAACCAACUUGACCGAGGUUCAUAUGCAGGAGCUCAUAUUGCGGUGCACACAGGCAGGUGAGUUACGUUCUCUCUGUUAUUCAUAUGCAAUUAAUGUAUUUUAUCGUUUACAGAUCCGAGAGCAAAACCUGCAAGACAUUAAAACUGCUGGCCCACAGUCACAGGUUCUUUCUGGGGUUGUUGUGGACAGGAGCCUCGUUCAGGUGAGCACAUAGCCUGCUUAAAAUACAAACUUAGAGUUACUUUAUAGUACAUUCCUGCUGUCACCUAAUGUAUCACUAUGAAAUUAUUCUUUAAUCGGCAGAAGUUAACUGUUUAUAAGGUAAGUUUUAGAGGUAACAUUUUGCUGUCUUUGCAACCAUGUUUAGGGUCAGAAACCCAGUGGGAAGCAUGUUAUUAGCAAGUAUACUGCCUUUGGUGCUGGUUGCAGUGCAUGAGAGACACCAAGGCUGCUUCUCUGUGGGCUAAAAACCCACUCUUGACUAGUCAGACUUUGUGUCACAGCUGUAUUGAAAAAGCUGCUGAGUCCAAAGCCAUUAUUGCUACAGUACAUUUAAUCAGCAAUGAACUCUUUAUUGCAAACUUUCUUUUUAGGACAUAUUCAUUUGAAGAUACUGUCUUACCUUUAUAGUUUUUAAAUAGGUAUAAUGUAUGCUUUUUCAGAGAAAGCAUAGAAGCAAAUGACUUCACUCAGUAGAUUUUAGAGAUGCAAAAGGUAGCCCAAUUAUUAUUUUUAUUGUACUUUUAUGCAGUUUGACUAGUCACCAUCAUGGCCAGGGAAUUUUUCAAGUUGGGGUUAGUGUAUUGGUGCAUGUUGCUUCAUUGCCAUUGGUUCUGUAUCACAAUUUACUGUUUUUCUGCAUGAUAUUUAUCCCAUGCCAUAAUGCUUUAAGCUGAUGAUCUAAAGCCCGAGCUUGGUUUGCUCUGUUCACUCAAUUUACUGUUGCAGGAUGCUCCCCUCUCAGACUGUACGGAAACAAUUGAAGGGCUCGAUCCCACAGAGCAGGCCUUUAAUCCCGCUAAAUCUGUCUCUGUUAGAAAGGUACUUACUGCCAUGUCAUAACUGCUCUAAGUUCUGUUGUUUACCUUUCACUUCUACCUCUUUCUUGCCCUGGGUUGUAGCUUAUAUUUCUUUGUAAAUGUUAAAAAGGUUAUACGAUUCUACAAAUUAUGCAUGUGUUUAUGUUUGAUACAUUAAAAUUUUUUUUUAAAGAAAUAAGGUCAGUCUUAUUCCUUUUAUGAUCAUGGAUAGCAUAUGGAAAAUUGUACGGUUCUCAGUGUAGUUUUGUUUAUGCAUGGUCUUUGUUAAGUAAUCUGGUUACAUCAGUGUAAUACCCAAAAUAUCCACAGGCUUAGCCAAAAAAUAAAGCAGCACAAAUAUGUAAAGCAUGAUGGUAGCUGUUUUCAUGUAAGGGGUGUUGUAUAUGGAUGAAUCUCAAAUGGUACUGCCUCUGAAGAUUGAGCCAUUUGUUGGCUUCCUAAAGUCAUUUUACAGAUUGUACUGGCCAAAUUUCGCAUGAGAACCCAUGUAUCUGAAAUUGUGAAAAAUCAUAAAGCAGUAAGCUUUAAAGUAGUCUCGUUUCUGGCAUGUAACCAUAUGGGACAAUCUUCUACAAACACACCCCUAUAUUAGGUAGUCCAAUUACAGUGAAAGGAACUACAUCACAUCAGACAUUUACACAUAUAUGAAUCAGCCCUAAGUUACUCUUCUCAAACUAAUAGCAUCACUUUGGUCAUUUCUGACGUAGCCCUGUUGUGUUCUUCUCCUCUGCUACAUGAAUGUGGAGAAAGGGAAAUAUUAGGCCUUACUGCUUAAAUUUUUCUCCACAGAGUUUACACUCAUGUGCAUAUAUACUUGCCAAUCUGGGAUAACAUUUGUUGUAUCAUAACGUAGACUGUUUAGCAUGAAGACUUUAAGGUGUCUGGUGCCACAAGAGUAGAUCAUACUAGAAAUUGAAAAAUAAAAGCAGUCAGUCCCAUGCAUUCGUUGUGCCUUAUUUGUCAGCUUUUCCGAUAUCUUCAUGAUUCUAUUAGUUUGUAUUUGUAUAGAAUAUUAUGAAGGACAGUUGAGUUGUAAAGUAUUAGUUAGCCUUGUUCUUCCUCUUGCAGUGGAGUCAAGGGCUGCUUGUUUUGGCAUAGCUUUGUGCUACAGCUUGAUAGCAGUCUGCUAAUUUAAGAAGUAGGCAUAAUUUUUGAGGACAUCUUUAGCCAUACACUAAUUUCACAGAAUUUCUAGAGGCCUUCCACAUGCUAGGAGAGUGUCAAUUAGAGCAUUCAGCAAAGUGAAGUGGACCUCUGUGUUAGCCACCAGCUACAAGAUGGCUUGUUUCUUCUGCAGACACAGAAAUGCCCUCAACAGCCUUCUCUGUGUGCUUUUCAAACUCUGCUCCUGUUCUGCAUGCUAAAAACAGGCACACAAAUAAGGUCCCUGGUGGCCCUCAACUAGCCUUGGCAACUCUAUAAACGCCCAAAAUUCUGUACCACACACAGAAUAGAAUCUUUUUCACAGAGCAGAUCUGCUGUCCUAAGGCUCUCUGUAGCAACCCAGUCCUUAGUGGUUUCAACUGACAGCCUGGAGAUUGAGAAGUUCCUCAGGUUUCGGAUGCCAGAGGAAGUCCCAUGCACCAUUCGGGUGGCCAAAUAUCCCUAGAAUUUGCCAGUCCACCUGGGUGGCAUUCCUGAGAUAGUGUGAGAAGAAUCAGCAACUGAACACCACAGGACUUACACAGCUUCUCUCAUCCCUACAAGAUGGACUCUGCAUAGAUCUUCAGCCUAAUAGCCUGCAGAAUCCUCAGGGCUUUCUAAAUGUUCCAGCAAACCUAUCAGCUCUAGUAUCCUCCAUUUUUAUAGGGAGCAACUCUCCUUAGUCCACCUGUCCGCAAAUAUCUGGGAUCUCAACAAAGUGCUUCCAGCACUCCAGAAACCACAGUUGAAUCACUGAAGCGUUCCAUAUUGUGUCUCUGAAAGUGAUAUUUUGGCUCUGAUUGUUAUGACACAGGGUACUGAGCUCUGACAUACUUCAGCUGGCUAAACAUCUCCACGUUUCACAAAGAAAAGUGUGGUGGGCUCCUAUCGGAGAGAUGUUGUUUGCAGAUGACUCAGUCUUGACAGUGCACUCUGAGGAAACGCUACUCGUCAACCAUUUUGUCCGUUUGGUCUUGUCAUCAGCCUGACAAAGACUAACAUUUUUGCUCAGGAGGCAACAAGCACUCCACAUGUCAGCAUUGGUAACCAAACGCCUAAGGUGGUAGACAGUUUUGUCUACCUAGGCUCCACCAUAACCAGUAACCUUUCCAUCAACACUGAGCUGGACAAACGUAUUGGUAAGGCAGCUAUGACAAUGGCUUGCCUCUCCAAAAGGGUAUGGAGAAUGUGAUGCUAGUGACCAAUACCAAGAUGAAGGUCUGCCAGGCUUGUGUGUUGAGCUUUAUGGGCAACAUGCAGUGGGUCAGGAAGAGUUGGACAUCACAUGGCAGGACAGAGUCUCAAACAAAGAUGUGCUCCCCUAAGACCACAUUCACAACCUGUUUGCACUUCUGUCUCAGUGACGUCUGGACUGACUUGGUCAUAUCCACAGAAUGGAAGAUGGCAGGAAUCCAUAAGAACGUGUUCUAUUGGAAUCUGCCUUCGGGCACUAGACCUGUUACAAAGUUGUCCGCAAAUGUGACAUGAAGGCUGGGAACCUUAACCCCGCUGUGUGGGAAUCCCUUGCAGGCAACGCUAUUGCCCAGUGGCAGACAGGUAGUAUAUCCACAGCAGCGACUGCUGGGAGGAGAGCAGAGAGAAGAAACAUCAUGGUGCACCUAUAGCAGCGAAAACAGAGACAUGACUUUCCUGUAUCAGUCUCUGAUACAGCCACAGCAGGCACUGUAACUCUCCAGUGGUUUAUCCCCAUAGGUUCAUUCUUCCAUUGCCUCCCAAGAAAAAUGGAUGCCAGCAAUUAUAAAAACUUAAUUUUAUUUAUGCCUUGAUAAUUUUAUUAAGUUUACAGUUUUAAAAAGUUGUUUGUAUUACAACUUUUUUGUUCUUUUCUGUAAUAUGCUUAUAGUUGGGUUAAAAACAGCAACCAAGUCUUGCUAAAUAUGGACCAGCAUCCUGUUCUCACAGUGGCUAACCAGAUGCCUAUGGGAAGUUGGCAUGUAGGACCAAGUGCAAAGCAUUUCCCCCUGCUAGGCUUUCCAGCAACUUAUAGUCAGAAUCAUACAGCCUCUAACCAUGGAGGCAGAGUGUAACUAACCAUCAUGUCUCGUGGCCAUUAAUAAAAGCCAUUCAAGUUGCUGGCCAUCACUACCUCCUGCUGGGGCAUGUUCCAUAGUUUCAACUAUGCUCUGCGUGAAGAAGUACUCUUGUUUCUGGGUCCCAAAUCCUCCAACAUUGUUUCAUUGGAUGUUCUUGAGUUCUAGUGUUAUGAGAGAGGGAGAAAAACUUCUCUAGCCACUUGCUCCAUGCCACAUGUAAUUUCAUACCCUACUAUCAUGUCACCUCUUGCUUGCUUUCUCUCUAAGCUGACCACACUCCCCGCCUUUCUUCAUAUGCAAUUUGCUUCAUCCCCUUGAUCAUUUUGGCUGCCCUUUUCUGAACCCUUUCCACCUCUACAAUAUCCCUUUUGAGGUGACCAGAACUACACAGUAUUCCAAAUUCUGUCACGCCAUAGAUUUAUAUAACUGCUUUAUGAUAUUGAUGGAUUUGUUUUUAGUUCCUUUUCUAAUGAUCCGUAGCAUGGAAUUCUCCUUUUUCACAGCUGCUUCACACUGGGUCAACGUCUUCCUCAAGCUCUCCCCUACAACCCCAGGGUCUUGUUCCUGGUCAGUCACUGCCAGUUCAGUCCCCAUGAGGAUAUAUGUGGAAUUUUCUGGCAUUGCUUUGCAUCUUUUUACAUUGAAUUACAUUGUCCUGGCUCUUCUCCUCAGACUUGGCCAUUGACUUUUUAGAGUUUUUAAAGGUUCAUUGAUGAAGUCAGUGCACUGUCCCAACAUUGGUCUACAGGUUACAAGUACUUCAAUAUAUGACCGGGCUGAGCUAAGACAUUGGAAUUGGUCUUAUCCCAAGAUGAACUGGCCAGUUUCCAGUGCUUCAUUGAUAGUAUUGAUCAAUAUAGUUGACUGCCUUUUCUAGCCUACCUUUCCCCCCAGUUGAUAUUUUUAUUAAAGUUUUCUUGGUUUACAAAGGUAUGUGCAAUGUCUCUUUUCUAGCCUACUUAAAAAGUAACUUUUCAUAUGUGAAGUCCACAGAAAAAGAAUAGCAGAACAUAGUAAGAAAUUUGUUUAAAAGGAUGAAACUGAAUAUGAAUUUCCGAGCACAAUUCAAAGUGUUGGUGCUGACCUUUAAAGCCCUGAACGGCCUCGGUCCUGUAUACCUGAAGGAGCGUCUCCACCCCCAUCGUUCAGCCCAGGCACUGAGGUCCAGCGCUGAGGGCCUUCUGGCGGUUCCCUCAUUGCGAGAAGUGAGGUUACAGGGAACCAGACAGAGGGCCUUCUUGGUAGUGGCACCCACCCUGUGGAACACCCUCCCUUCAGAUGUGAAGGAAAUAAGCAGCUAUCCUAUCUUUAAAAGACAUCUGAAGGCAGCCCUGUUUAGGGAAGUUUUUAAUAUUUAAUGCUGUAUUGUUUUUAACACUCUAUUGGGAGCUGCCCAGAGUGGCUGGGGAAACUCAGCCAGAUGGUAUAAAUAAUAAAUUAUUAUUAUUAUUAUUUAAAACACAAUUGUAUGUAAUCAUAAUUAAUAAAAAUCAAGGUUGGGUUAGUUAUUAGUAUUGUAGAAUAGGGUUACAUCUGUUGAGUGACAAAGUGUAACCUCAAAUAUUGAAAUAAAAUAAAAUAUUAAAGGUGACAAAAAUAUAGUUGACUGCCAUAGGAAGUGUCUCAGAAUUAGAGCAUCCUCUGAUAUCUGACUCCUUUCACAGUUUAUUUAUUUUCCCUCUCCUGCUCAUCCACCUUUUUUUACUGCUGGAAUCUAAGCUCAGGGAACAGACAUCGGAGUUCUCUACCGGUCAACAAGAGCAUCCUCUAGUAUCUUCCAACAAGGUUUGGGCACUCAGGGAUAUGGGCCAGAAAUGAGCCUUUGAAAUCUCAUCAAAAGAGUCUGAAAUUCUCUAACUCAUCUGAUAUAUGCCCUUCAUGGAGUAUUAGGUGCUGACAAGAUGUAUCUGCCAUCUUUCCUGGGGGAACUGAGUAUCUUGUUUCUUCCUGGGAAUGAUUUCCUUCUGUGCGGAGUGUUAAUAUGUUGUCCUUCAGUGGCUGAGACUGACAUAUUUUCCCACAUGAUUUGGUGAGCUCCACACUACUGCCUUGCUCUUUCUGUAAGUUUAAAAGUAUCUGAAAGAGUGAAAGAACAAUAUAGGCCGGCUUUUGUGUUAUUUGAGUCCACGUCCUGCAGGACUAUGGGUUCUGUUCCCCACAGGGUAAGACUAAAGAAAAAUGAGGGACUGCUCUUCCAAAUAAAGAUAACUAUGGUCACUGACGUUAAAUGUUUUUGUGCCUCCAGUGCAAAUUAUGACAAAGAUGUCAUUCUAUAGCACACAUUUAAAACGUGGCUGUGGACCUUGUCAAGAUUUUUCACCCAGUAAAAGGGAAUUUCUGGUCAGUAUUGCACAAGAGGAAGGCCCAUAGAGGAAAGCCUUCCCUGAAGGCCUGUCCCCACUUUUGAAUGUUCUGGAGAAGGUUAAUUUGGACUUGUAGCUGAACCUUUUAACAGUUUGGUUCCCACUGCUUCCCAAGGGGUGCUUUUAAAUAUUGUGUAGUGAUGCUGUAUUUUGUUGUGCUGCUUAAGAGUGGAUAUAGUGUGGCAGAAACACUGAUGUUUGUGUGAUGCUAUCCCUGAAAUGCCUGUUCUCAUGUAGUGGGUUAAAUGAGUAUUAUUAUUAUUAUUAUUAUUAUUAUUAUUACCAUUAUUAAUUUGUUAUGUGUGUAGGCAGUCUUUCACCUGAAAACUCUUCACAAGUUUGGAACUCAUUAGUCUCGCUCUAUUGCGGAAUGUAGUCAUGAUGCAAUAACCAUGUGAUAAAAUGGAUAUUCUUACUUUCUCUAAAUGAAAAUCUUUUCAGUCUUGUUUUCGUUAAUCAGAUUUUGAAUAAUUUCUUCCAUUGUUUUAGCCCUCAGGCAUUGUUAGUGCACUGUAUAUUAUUUCAUGAGAAACAUUUAUUUUCUUCCAACUAGGGAGAAUUGGUGACAGCAUCAAAGGCAAUAAUUGAGAAGGAGUACCAACCACGAGUAAUCGUAAGCACAACAGGACCAAACCCCUUCAACAAGUUCACAGACCAAGAACUAGAAGAGUAUCGCAGAGAAGUAGAAAGGAAACAGAGGCAGUCAGGUUUGUGUCUACCUAACUCUAACUUGCCUUACCGUGGUGUCAAUAUACUUCGGAUAUGUAGUUUAAUGUGCCAGGCUUCCCUUAUAAGUUUCCUUUGUGUUGAUUCUCAUCAUACCUUGGUGGUUGUACUGUGACAUUUGCCCAACCUGCACAAUGUACCAAGCAGUUACAGGAGCGGCCCUGGCAGAAACAUUCUGUAUUGCUGCUGUGCUUCUUACUUGAGACAAAGGAGGAGUGUUGAUGGUGGGCUUCUUGUUGGCUAGGGCAAGCAACACAUUAUCUUGCAGACAACUUCAAUGAUAAGAAACAAGCAAUGUUAAACUACACACUCAUUUAUUGCUGCUACUGUAGUUCAUUUUUUCUGCUGGAAGCACAGAGUUUGGAGACUUGGUUGCUCUUUCAUCUUGAAGUUGAAAUAGUUUUUGUAUAGAUUUCCUUACUUGAUGAUAUUGCUGAGCUCGAAAAGCAAAAAAUAGAACUGUGAUCUUAAAACUUUCAUAAUCAAAUUCCAUUGCAAUUCUGUUAUUUCAUUUAUGAAUUGCUUCUUACAAAGCAGGGGGUCGUUACCUCCAGCCAAUCUGGGCCAUUCCAGUUUGACUCAUCCCAAAUCACACCCACAUGUCAAUCAAUGAAGUCACUUAGUGAUGUUGCUGGGAGCAGUCUGCUGGGUAUUGCUUCAUCAGCACAUCAGCAUGUUCCCUGCAGGGACUGUGCUGGCAGAGGAGACUCCUACAGAGAACAGGAUUGAACGCUACGCUCAUCAGCUGGUGAGUGGAGGUUUCAAUCCUGCCAUGUGGAAUCUGCGGGGAAUGCACUGGUGAAGCAGACCCCUGCAGAGGGCAGAAUUGAAUUCUCCACGAAGCCGAUGAAUGGAGUGGGGAAGCAGGCUUCCUCACCCCACCAUGUGGGUUAAUUCUGACAGCUGAGUGGCCUUGACCAGCUGUCAAUACUGGCCCAUGGGUUGGAGGUUAGAAAGAAAUCUGGCCAGAAAAUCCCCACCCCUGCUAUAAAGUAUCUCAAAGCUAUUUCCCAAUACAAUAAAACAUAUACAGAAAAGCUAUUUGAACCCACAAAGCAGCAACAAGGGCGGGGGGGGGGAUAUCCUGCUGAGCCUAGUACUGCCCAUUGUUCUAUGUUUUCAGUAACUCUAGACGUACUCACACAUUGCAUUGAAUACAGUGCAUGUGCAGAUGUUUGUGUAAGAGUGUACAUUUGUUGAUUUGUUGAUAAGCUCAGCUAUUGUGUACACAGGUAUAAAAUAGUACACUUACUGGAUAUAACAUUCUGGCAUCCCUUGUGAAAAAUGUUUUUCAGACAAAAUGGAUGUAGUUUGGAAACUUCAAGUAGUAAAGCAUAAUAAUUUGGUAUAUGUUAAAAAUCAUACGACUUAACAUUAUUGGGACAUCCAGAAAUUUUGAACAAGUUGACCCAGCAAUUGAAGACUCUGUUAUUCUUGUGUGUUUAAUGCAUGAGAUACUUCAGCUUAAACUGAUUGUCUUUAUAAUGGUUACUGAUUACAUUUUUAUCCAGGCCUUCUUGGAGCCGAGGGUGGCACAUAUGUUCUCUCUUUGCCUACUUUAUUUUCAGUGCAACUUUGUGAAGCAGAUUAGGCUGAGAGAGACUGAGCCCAAGGCCAGUCAGUCAUUUUCGUGGCUGCGUAGUGAUCAGUCCCCAAGCAUGAAAUGCUUGCCACUACACAACAGUUGUUCCCUUCCUUGCACUUGAGCUUUGAACAAAAAUUGCCUCUCCUUUAGGAUGAUUUUUGUCUUUUGCAUUACUAUAAGGGACGCAGGUGGUGCUGUGGUCUAAAGCACAGAGCCUAGGGCUUGCCAAUCAGAAGGUCGGCGGUUCAAAUCCCCGCAAUGGGGUGAGCUCCCGUUGUUGGGUCCCAGCUCCUGUCGACCUAGCAGUUUGAAAACACGUCAGAGUGCAAGUAGAUAAAUAGGUACUGCUCUGGCGGAAAGGUAAACAGCGUUUCCAUGUGCUGCUCUGGUUCGCCAAAAGCGGCUUAGUCAUGCUGGCCACAUGACCUGGAAAAACUGUCUGCGGACAAACGUCGGCUCCCUUGGCCAGUAAAGUGAGAUGAGCGCCGCAACUCCAGAGUUGUCUGUGACUGGACCUAACGGUUGGGGGUACCUUUACCUUUAAGAAACAAUGGGAUUCAGUUUGCAGGGUGGUUGAGGGUGAGAAAAUGAACAUAUUUGCAUUGCCAAGGCAACUGUAACCGCAGGCUGAUUGUUCUUAGUUGACUAGUUGGGUAGAAAGAGGAUGGAGAAUUGCACGUCAUUACAUAGCUUUUCAGCAGCAGCUACACACAGUUGAACUAACGUUGACAAAAAUCUUACAGCUCAAUGUGGCAGGCAAUGAAGCUGCCAAUUGGGCAAGACCAGUCCAGUUUGUGAAUAUCUUCGCUUUAGUUUAUGGUUGGCCAUGUUCCUUAAUUGCUUCCUGCUAGAGAGGCUUCCGCUGAACAAAGUUCCUUGCAAUGGUUAUUUAUGGUUUUUUUCUGUGAUCUGUAGUAGCUGGACUAAUCUGGAAUCCUUAACAGUUUGUGUUUAUAAUUUGUAUAAUGUUCCAUUCAUUGCUUCCUGUGAAUUUCAGAUGUCAUCAGCCACAGUAAAUUCUAAAAUGAAACCUCAAACUUCCCUAUCUAUUUUAACAUAGGGCACAAUUAGUAGCACAUUUUUGCUCAGUUGCACUGGUGUUUUCAUUUACAUUUGAAACAGCUUCUUCAUUAAACAGAGUUCUUCAUUAAAAGAUCCUUUAUGCACAGUUAUGUGAAUUGUGAGAGUGGUCUGUUUAACCUGGUCUGUACUCUUACAUUUUGUAGAAGAUUCAGAAGAUGCCAGACAGCAGAGGGAGAGGAGCUCUUUGGAGCAUCCUGCUGCUUGCACUCCACCCAGCACUCCAGUGAAACUGGAGGAAGGUAUGUCCCCUGGAGCUAAGAGUUUGUUUAGCUGCACCUCUGUGUUCAUGUUUCAGUUGAUAUCAGAUAAAAAUGUGUUCAUCUAUUUUAUUCUGUAGAGCAACAUAUAGCUAAAUGUGCUAGUGGUUGUGUUCGCAAUAAUAAAGAAAUGUGCACUUGAGAACACAAGGACUGCCUGAUUGGGCAAGACCACGCUCUGUCUCGUGUGACAUGGAAAGUGAUGGCCAUCUCCUUUUGUUAGCUCCUGAUUAAGUGACAUACCGUCCAAGAGAGUUAUCAAUAGUUUUCUUUCAUGAAUUGCUUUAUUCUUUUAAAAAGCCAUCUUAGCUAGUUAGCAAUAUCAACUUUUAAUUUGUGGAUUAUUUACACAUUUUGUCCUUUAUCUGCUGCCAGUAGUGUCAUCAAGUGAUCCUGAGUUCUUGUGUUGUGAAGGAGGGAGGUUUUUCUUUCUAGCUGCACUCUACACAACUUUGUAAACCUCUGUCCUGUUUCUGUUAAGUUUUUUUCAACGGAAAAGCCACUAGUGCUUUAAGCUUUCUUCAUAGGGGAGAUGUUCCAGCACUGGAUCUCUUCGGUUCCACUCUUAUGCAACUUUCUCACCUCUUUGGCACUCUCUUCAAGCAGUGGUCUCCCAAAACUGUACACAGUAUUUCCAAAUUCUCUAUUCCAUAAUGGCAGUAGAAACUUCCUUUGGAUCAUUUCCAGCUUCGAGUGUAACUUUUUCAUUGCUUGUGGGAUCAGGAAGAGUCAACUUCAGAGCCCCUUUUAAUAUCCUGUUCCCAGUUAACUUGGGAGUAACUGCUGUUUGUGAGAUUUACUUCCAAGUAAAUUGGCACAGGAUCAUGCUGUUAAAAAACUUAACAUAGCUAAAUAUUGUGAAAAGGGAGACUGAAUGAGAAAUCACAUAAUAGCUUUUUGGAUGGUCAGAUUAACAAAGUCACAAGAAUAGAAUUUACAAAUUUGCUGAAAUUAAAAUGAUGCUAGAGAAUUUUGAAAUUAUUUAUUUGCACUGAGGGUUCCCAGAGUGUCCUUUCAGCAGUACUGAAAGACUCUUAAUCAUCAAUAGCCAGCCACUCUGCCAUUAUCUCUCCAGUUCUCCUCUUCAUUGAAACGUUCAUUGGCAGAAAUGCUCGUCAGCAGUUGAUCUUGAACCUUUUGUUUUAGGAUUUGAUCUCACAGCUGGCUACUAGGAAAUAUCUGUGCUACCAAAUAGUAGCUGCCUACCAAACCAGGCACAAGUUGUAGAAUGCCAUCCAUCAGGAUAUUAGUGAAGCUAAUGUCCCAAUGUGCGCCAGUGAGCAGGAUCACUGUGCUCAGCAACUCUUAUGUACCCCUGAGCAGCUGUAGUGGGCACCACUGCUUUGCUGAUCUGGCUUCCCAACACUGCUCAUCACUGCCAGUUAUCAAGAGGGGGAGGAGCAAGUGGCAGGAAGCUCAGUGCAGUGGCAGAACCACUCAAAAACCCCACAGCUGUGUCUCCCUUCCUCUCAGUAACUGGCAAUGCCAUACCAACCACUGCUGCACCUGAGACCCACUUACCAACAAAAGGAGAUUUCACUUCCAGAGAGACGCAGGUCUUGGAUAUAUGGACUCCUGUCUAGAGCUGUUUCCAUUGUUGAAAUGCAAGAGGAAAUCUUCCUGCCCAAAUGGUUUUUGGAUCAUGCAAAUUUUUUUAGCAAAUUCUGCUUGGUGGUUGCACAUUUCUUAAGCAUUAUUGUAAUUGGAUUACACCUCUACUCAUAGGUUUCAAAGUUAAAAGAUUUGAUUUCUUUAAGGUCUCUGCUUAAUGAGAGCAAGACCAGACCUAUUGUUGCAGUGAAUUGGUAAAAACAAGUUGAGUACUCAAACCAGGUGUAAUCUAAGAUGUGUUCAGUGUUUCCCUUUUACCCUGGAUUUUAUCACUUGUCUGUUACAAAGUUGUCUCUUCACACCACCUCAUUCUGUAUUUUAUAAGAAUGGUAAUGACCAUUCUUUUAAUAUAACACAAUGGCUGUGAUGGAUGUAUAGAUUCUCUACUUGUGCUUUUUUCUUCUUGUGGCUGCGUUACAAACAGGAGGUGGAUAUGCUAAAGAGUACCUGUUGCCAUAGUAAGUAUCAUCCCAUCCCUGUUCCUGCUGCUUUAUCCUGACUUCUCUGUGCUGUGCUUCAUUCUCUUGCAUAUUUUGUGGUGUUUCCUCCCUAUGUUGGUUUGGUCAGCCUUUACAUAGUUUGAAGUCUGCUUAACUAUUUCAGUUGCUUUACCAGAACAAAGAGAUCAGAGGUACAUUAAGAAAAAUACAGUCUGUAUUAGACUUGAGUGUGACUUGGUAGCCAUAUGUAUAAAACACUCCAGGUGUUCACAUACUGAUUUUGACCCCAAACCAUUGAUUUAUCCUGUAAAGCAGAGAAUAAGGUAGUGUGGCAUUGCUCCUUAUAUCAGUGACAACAAACUAAAAUCACCUUAAGAGAUAAAAGGAUGUUUCAAAGAGGCUCAUCUCUUCAUGAUUGUGUCUGUUUUCCUAAGUGUUCUUAGUGGCGUGUUGCCUGUUGUGAGGAGGGAGCCUGAGCCCCUCUCUUCAAGCUGAGGAGCACAAAGAAGAGAAGACGGUAGACACUGCAAAUCUGGUAGCCUGUAUUUCUCUUAAGAUGCCUCCAUAACAGCACUCCACAUACAUUUCUGUGGGACAGGAAAGUCCCCUCUCCUUCUCAUGUCAAACUGGACUAUAAUCAUAUGUUAGAGAGUGGCUUUAUAGUGCCAUUUUCAGCACAUGGUUGUACCAGUUGCAUUGUUUUAUAUAGCAUUUACUGUGCUUCUUCAUGGGCAUCCAGUAAGCUUUACAUUUUCAAUUUAUUUUUGACUCUGAAAUUCUUUCAAGUAAAAUCUAACUGUAAGUCCCAUUGGAAAGGUGCAUUUAAUUUGCUGAGCUGAAUAAAUGUUUAAAGUUUUUGUUGUAGUUCCUUAAAGCCAUAUCCAUACAUUUCUUUGCCAUGUUUGCACGUAACAAAAGGCCAGACUUACCAAUUUAGCAUGAAUGGGCAGUGUGCUGGCACAUGCUGCCUGGUUGCUCCCACUUCACUCCUCUCCUGGCGUAUGAGGGGUUAAACUGGGAAGACCUACUUUUCUGUUGCAUCUGAACCAGAGAUUGGGAUUGGGAUUCCCUAACAAGCCAUAAUCAGCAAGCCAGCCACAAAUCAUGGCUUAAUGUAGACUAGAGAUUGGGGUUUGUUACAGAAAAACAAACCAUGUUCUCUGGUUACAAUGGAAAGGGAAACCAAGAAAGUUUGCUGAAGAGCCAUAACUCUAAUAUGGCAUCUGCCUUGCAUGGAGAAGGUCCCAGCUUCAGUUCCCAGCAAUCUCUGUGUAGGGCUGAGAAUAUGCUGUCUGAAACUCUUGAGAGCCACUGCUACUCACCAACCUUUGCCAGUCUGGUUCCCUUCAGAUGUUUUUGGACUACAGUUUGGAUUAAAACCCCCACCAGCACAGCAGUAUGUUGCCAGGGCUGAUAGGAGCAUGACCAGACUGGCUGGGGCUGAUGGGAAUUGUAGUCCAAAACUUCUGGAGGGUGCCCGCUUGCUGAAGUCAGGUGUAAACAUUGCUGAGCUAGUGGGACUGUUGGUCUGACUCCGUUUUCAUCUGACUUCCUUCCAUGUGAAGGCAGCAAUUAAUUGCUGUAACAGCAGCAAUGAAAACAGAAGGAUAGUUGAACUACAUUUAAAGAGCUAUAUUUAAAUAAAAGAAAUUAAUUGCAGCUUUUAACUUUCCAAAUAGCUUUUUCAUUUCCCCCUGCUUUUAAAUUAUCCUAACCCAUUUUAAAACUUCUAAUGUUUUGGAUUGCUGAGUUUGAAGUGGUUAUCAUCACUAAGCUAACAAAUCCCAGGUUUUUCCUUUUCCAAGCUUCAAAUAAAGAUGAAACAGAGAAUUGUUAAAUACAAAUACAAAGAAGGUGAAUGCAGUAUUAAAUUAACCUUAAAAGAAUACAAACCACAGCAUGGUAUUUUCAGUGCAGUACUGAAAUGAACCAGGUACCUAAAGUCACUGCAAUUCAGAUUGGGCCAAGAACCAUGGCCAUAAACCUCCAGUGCCUCAGAAAUAAAGUGAUAUGUUUGCUGUUGCAACUUUGCUGUGGUUUGAGCUUCCCUGUGUUUAUGUGAAGAGAGCAUGUGCAGUGGAUCCUAACAUCCUUAGUAAUUCAAGGAGCUAGCUAAGAUUUGAUCUACAUAAGAUCAUCUCCUGUUGUUUAUGUCCGGGAUGCUCUUCACAAUAGUGUUUUCUCACAUUCUGUAAGGCCAGAGAUAGAGGCACCUUCUUAAUGAUGAUUAAAUUUUUGGACUGUGUCUAAAAAACAGAUAAGAGAUGGCAAAGUACAACAUGCUUUUCCAUCCUGAAAGCCAAUUCAUGCAUUAUGCAAAAGUGGGGGGAACAGAAGGCGAAUCACCCAUAUACGUCCGUGUUUCCUUUCUUCUAUUGCAUUGCAGUGCGAGAGGGGAAACAGAAGCCGGGGUAGUUCAUGCCUCUGCUUUCCCUGUGUCUCUGUAAUAUUUGAACAAAUGGAGAAUCAGGUUGCAAAGAAUGCAGAAUUUAAGAUUCCAAGUCACACAAAACUCUGGCCCACUUGAAGAUACAGGUGAGAUGUCUUUUGAGGAUAAGGGAGCAAUAGUUAGCAUUGCUGAGCUUUGUAUAAAAGCUCCUUCAUCUGCAGAGAGUGUGGCUUCAUUUUUCAUACUGAAUGCCUUCGUGUAAGCCAGUCUUUUGGGCCACUGCAAGAGGCUAACAUAAAACCUCAUUAAGUCAUCAGUGCUACUCCGUCUGAAUACUGAGUCCAGUUAUUAUUAUUUUGCAAAAUAAGGAGAAACAAGCAUAUGCAUCUUCCAUUUAUGCUCGGUCCCUGCUCCUGCCAACCUAGCAGUUCAAAAGCACAUCAAAGUGGAAGUAGAUAAAUAGGUACCACUCCAGUGGGAAGGUAAACAGCGUUUCCAUGCGCUGCUCUGGUUCUCCAGAAGUGGCUUAGUCAUGCUGGCCACAUGACCCGGAAGUUGUACGCCAGCUCCCUCGGCCAAUAAAGCAAAAUGAGCUCCUCAGCCCCAGAGUCGUCCAUGACUGGACCUAAUGGUCAGGGGUCCCUUUACCCUGUGUGCUUAUAGAGAAGGGUGAACAAUAUUUCAUAAAUAAAUGUAAGAAGUCAGCAGAAUUUUUAGUAUGUCAACUUCUGACACUUUGGUUUUUGACUCUAAAGCAUUGUGGAGAAGACAGAAUUCAAAUAAAUAUUUCCGUUGCAUCUCUCUGCCCAAAGGCCAUUUACAAAGAGACUCAAAACUCCUGGCUCUGCAUGUAGGUUUUCCACAGUUAAUUUCUGUUAGCCCUCAUUUCAGCAACAGGCACACGUUAACAGAUGUUUCCUGUUGCUUGCUCCACUAGAGAGGCAGCCGAACCAGACUUGCAACGAUGACAGUGAUGCUGCAACUUUCAAGCAAAGCCUCCCAGAUCUCACCCCUGAUGAGCCUUCAGAGCAUCUCGGCUUCCCAACCUUUGGAAAAGAGGAUGAUAAAAGUGACAAAGAUCUCGCCCAAAGCCAGACUGAGUUACCUCCUGAAAAUCCAGAACCCCAAUCUCAGCCGGGUGAAGAGGCAGUGACCCCACUGGCUGAGGAGGGGGCAGCAGCCGAAGCCGGCGGUGAUGAGUCUCCUGGGAAGUCUCCGUCCAAGAAGAAGAAGAAGUUCCGUACACCUUCCUUCCUGAAGAAAAACAAAAAGAAGACUGACUCCUAAAUACCUUCAAAUAUACUGUCAUGGUUAGAGUCUAAGUUUAUUAACCACUAGAAUGUAUCAGUUCUUACUGAGUGUUUUCUUUUGUCUUUAGUAACAAGCAGAACAAGCAACACCCUUAAGCUAUAGCUUGAUUGCUUAAGAUUAUAAUGGAAAAUUAAUGAGCAGAAGGUGCUAAUCCUGCAUAUUCAACAGCAGCUAACCAGGGUUUAUCCCUAGUACGCAAACAAAGCUAAAUGACUUCCAUGGAACCCCAUGUGUCACGUUGAGAGCCCAUGCUGAUUUAUAUAUGCAGUCAAUGGAUUUUUGCAAGGUCUUGCUCCACGGGGUGUUGCUGUCUGCUCACUCUAACAUUUGUUCUUGUCCCGGAGCCUACUGUUGUUACCAAGUGGCUUCUUAAAUACUGACAACUUGGAUAUGAUUGCAGUUAUAUUUUGAGAGGUUGUAUUAUGGAACCGAGCACCUGCUUUCGCACUGUGUAAUUAGAAAUAACGUUACACUGAGGCUUUGAAGAAAGCUGUCUUUUCCCUUCCCUUAUUCUGUAUUGUAGCAUAGCUGAAAUUUAAAUCUAUUUGUUAUGUGUAAGAAGAAUGAAGUGAUUUGUGGUGUUUCCUGCUGAUCCCUCUGCCUGCGUUCUAAUAAACUGACAGAACAACCAGUUAUUUUACUAAUUUCUUUUCUACCAAAAGUUUAUAUCCAACCUCACCUGAUAAUUCGGAAGUUAAUUUCAAGCCUUUGAAAAUAAAAUUUCCUAGUAGCAGGCACAUACCUUCUGCCUUUAUUAACUCAGAUCAUGACCUCACUCAAUUGCUCCAGUACGUUGCACCACUUGCGGAUGCAACAGGAGCUGUACUACAGUGUGAGCUGCCCCAGUCAUUUCCAAGGCCAUGUGGCUCAUUUUCGAGAACCCUUGGAAGGUUUGUCAUAAUCUGGCACUGACUUGGCACAGCUUGCUAAUCUCUUCUGCUGCUCUGGAUUCACUGAUUUAAGCUACAGUGCAGAGACUAAACUUUUGAGUUGUGCAAGGCAAUGUUUCAGAAACAAUUGGUAUUUCUUCUAAACCUGUAAAGUUGACCGAGUUCUGGUUAUAACAAAAGAAAAGACUCACUGUUUAAGGUCAGUUGGGAACGAAGAUGCUGAUUUUUAUUGAUUAACUUCGGUAAUGAAUAAUGCACCACGGGGGGGGGGGCAGAUUGUGUAGGUUUUUAAUUGAAGUUUGGUGAAAUAGCUAGUAUUGAAUGCCUUACAAUUCGUGCUUUAAAAAAGCACAGAAGAUUAGGAAGGAUUCAGUGACUGGUACAGCUUUAUUCUAAACAUUAUGCCUAUGUUAGGUUCCAAAUAGAUACCUUGGAAACCAGUUUGAAACAAAUCACUUUAAAAUGGUAGAAUAAAUAAAUAACACCCGUGCAGAAGGGUUACAGGGAGAUUGGGGGAGGGUUGGUGGUACUAAAACCAUCACUAAUGGAAAAGCAGAAGUGCUGAUAACAGAGAGAGAGAAAGGAAUUUUUCAUAUGGACUGCAUGGCACUAAUGGCUUUGAGCUUGUUUCCUAACUGUGUGUCCUGUGAACACUAAAAGCUUAACCGUGUCUCAUUGCCAGGAUUGAAAUUGCAUUACAAAAGCCAUUGCUUUAGUGUUUCUGUUAUAAAACGUAGGGACUCUAAUCUUUGACCACAUAUGCAAUGAUUUUUAAGUUCCAGUUUUGUAGUUCUCAAUUCUUUCUAUUACAUAAUGAAAUCUAGUUGUGUAUUGUAUGAGAACACACUUCAGUGGGACAGGGAGGGAAAGGGAAGAGUCCUGUAUUUUUUCUUCUUCUUUUGUUGUUUAAUUCAAUUCUACACAAAUAAAAUUCUUUAAAGGA